GGCGGUGAUGUCAAAGCGGGAGGAGGGAGGCUGGCAGGCAACUGCUAAGCAACAGGUUCCAGAUCAGAAUCUCCCUUUCGAAGCAUUCGCCGCCGUCCUUGCACAGUCCUGGGAUCAGGUGGCGACCCUGGGCCAUGGGGAGCCAAGCCGUCAGCCCCUAUGGUGAGUCCAUUGUGUGUGUGGGGGGGGGCGGUGGUCCCCAAGUUUCAGGACUCGGGGUGUUGUGAUGGUGGGUGGCAAAACGGGGGAAACCCCCCUUUUUUUAAAUCUGGAGAAAUCGGCUUUGUGUGAGCGCGCGUGGAGUGUCUGGGGUGCAGGAUGGGGGGGGGCAGGUGAGGAUGGGAAGUUGGGAUUGAGUAUGUUGUGGGAGGGGGGCACCCAAAGCCAAAUUCUCUGUUCUUUUUUCACCUGGGCAGAGCCAGGAUUUAUCUUAAGGGAGGGGCGGGACACCCACCUGUCGUCAUCCUCUCUCUGCCUGGCUCAGUCGGAAUGAAAAGUCCCCACGACAGUUGUUUGAAAUUACUUACUUUCGACCCCAAGUGCUCAGAAAUUUUUUUCCCUACAGUUUCUACCCUAAGUAUUUUUUAUUUAUUUACUUGAUUAAGAGUGGGGGGGCGGGGAGGCAGCUGCCAUGCCCCUGCCCCUCUGGCUACGCAAAUGCCCCUCAUCCACCAUCCCUGAGAUCUGGGGGGCGGAGGGGAUGUAUUUGUCUUAGAUCAGGAAAUAGUUUCGGAGGAUGGUGAGUUUGGUGGCUUUGAAAUGGGAACACAGCAUUUUGGGAGAGGCUUUCGCGCCGGAUGUGUUGGGCCACUUGGGAUGGGCAAGGGGGAGAAAGUAGGAAACAGUUUUGGGUGGGUUUCAGAAACUUGAACACAAAUCAGCAAAUGACACGUGCCCUUUUGUUUUUGGUGGGGAGUUAACUGAGACAAGCUGGGCUCACGUGGAUGUUUUAUUUUAUGCAUUUAAUUGAUCCGGAGGAGUAAAUGAAAAACCCACUUCCUUGUUACGGGCUCUUUGGGUCGGAUUCAGCUCAAGCCGCUUCCAGGGUCCAGAAAUGUGUGUUUGCAUGUUUGGAGACGGAGUAUCGGAUCUCGUUUUUUGCAUGCAUGGUUGAUAUAUUUUAUUUGUAUAGUGCCGUCAGUGGCGCGUGAGAAGUUCCCUGCCCCCGAGGAGCUUAAAAUCAGGCGUUUGACAAAAGGGGAGGGGACUGAUUGUGGGGCGUGUUAGCACAGGCGAGGGGUAAUAUGCUCAGUUCAGAUAAACAUCCUCAGGCUUAGGGGACAUUUAAACUUGGUUCUGCUUCUAAACUGGACUGGGUGGGUGUGUGGAAAAAGAAAAUGGAUUAAAAAACUCUGAGAAACCCUGGGUUACAUGAUGGAAAAAAAGUUUUGCUAAACUUGGGUCUCCAGCUGUUUUUGGACUACAACUCCCAUCAUCCCCAGCUAGCAGGACCCAGUGGUCAGGGAUGGUGGGAACUGUAGUCCCAAAACAGCUGGAGACCAAAGCUUAGGAAACAUGAAUGUAGCCUUUAGCGGUGUUGUGAAGGCGCAUUGGUAGAGGGAAUGCUUUUCCUGCAAGAGGGUCUCUGGUUCAGUCCCUGAUAUCUUCAGCUGAAAAAAAACAAAUAGCCGGGAUUCAAAACCCCAGAGAGCGACUCCCCCCAGCCAGAAUAGACAGCUCUGGGCUUAGGUUGACCAGGAGUCCGGCUCCCAAGAACAAAGCAGCUAAAAAAAUAAGUAGCAUUUUUAUAGCGCUUUAGAACACCCAACAGAAUGCCGUCUAGGUGGUUCUCUUGUGACGCUUACAACAACCUUGCAAGGGAGCCUAAGACUUGCCAAUCGGAAGGUCGGCGGUUCGAAUCCCCGCAACGGGGUGAGCUCCCGUUGCUCAGUCCCUGCUCCUGCCAACCUAGCAGUUCGAAAGCACGUCAAAGUGCAAGUAGAUAAACAGGUACCGCUCUGGCGGGAAGGUAAAGGGCGUUUCCGUGUGCUGCUCUGGUUCACCAGAAGCGGCUUAGCCAUGCUGGCCACAUGACCUGGAAGCUGUACGCCGGCUCCCUCGGCCAAUAAAGCGAGAUGAGCGCCACAACCCCAGAGCCGGCCACGACUGGACCUAAUGGUCAGGGGUCCCUUUACCUUUAAGAAGGGAAAUGCACCCUCUGCUGUCUGCAAGAGAGAAGUAUGGCUAGCACCACCAGGAAGCCCUUUUUGCUUAUUAUAUACAGUGGUACCUCAGGUUACAUACACUUCAGGUUACAUACACUUCAGGUUACACACUCCGCUAACCCAGAAAUAGUGCUUCAGGUUAAGAACUUUGCUUCAGGAUAAGAACAGAAAUUGGGCUCUGGCGGCGCGGCAGCAGCGGGAGGCCUCAUUAGCUAAAGUGGUGCUUCAGGUUAAGAACAGUUUCAGGUUAAGAACGGACCUCCGGAACGAAUUAAGUACUUAACCUGAGGUAGAAGUAGAAGAAGAAGAAGAAGAAGAAGAGUUUGGAUUUGAUAUCCCGCCUUUCACUCCCUUUAAGGAGUCUCAAAGCGGCUAACAUUCUCCUUUCCCUUCCUCCCCCACAACAAACACUCUGUGAGGCGUGUGGGGCUGAGAGACUUCAAAGAAGUGUGACUGGCCCAAGGUCACCCAGCAGCUGCAUGUGGAGGAGCGGGGAAUCAAACCCGGUUCCCCAGAUUACGAGUCCACCACUCUCAACCACUACACCACACUGGCUCUCUGUACCACUGUACCACUGUACUGCACUUUUGUAGAGGGGUAGAAAAAAAGAAAAGAAAGCCUAACGUGAUAAUUAAAAGGAAAGAAAUGACAGGAUGCUGGAAUAGAUGGGCCUUUUGCCAGAUUCAUCAGGGACUCUCCUUACGUACAUAUAGUAAAAUUUAGAAUUAUGAAUUCAACAAUCAAUUGCAGCUCUUGCAAACAUGGCAGGUUUGCCUUUCCACUUUGAGUCUUGUGGCACCUUAGAUAUGAACAAAUGCCAUUAGGGCAUAGGUUUUGUGGGAUAGAGUUUGGUUCAUCAGAUGUCUUGAGUUUAAACCGUCAUUGGUAGGUGUGUAGGCACAUGUUUGAAAACAGUUGUAAGCUGUGAGGUCAGAGGGAAAUGAAAGGCUCCGUCUUCGUCAAACAUUUGAAGCUGUGUAUCACCCCACUUUUAAAACAGUCUUCUUUGGGACUUCCCCUGAAGAAUCCUGCGAACUGCCGCUUAUUCAAGCUGCUGAGAGUUGUUCGGAGACCCCUCACAAAACUGCCAUUUCCCCCAAGUGGUUUAACAGCCAAAUCCCUCUUCCCAGGAAACUCUGGGAGAGCAGUAGGGGGUCUCUUAACGACUCUUGGCACACUUAGCUAUAGCUUCCUGGAUUCUAUUGCGGAGAGGUGUGACAGUUUAAAGUGGUUUGAUACUGCUUUGAAUGUGUAGUGCUGAUCGGCCCAUAGUAACAAUUUCAGUUAGAGCCGUGGCCAUUCACAACAUUGAGGAUUGUGCUUCCUGCGCCAGGUGGCCAUGAAAGCUGAUGCCAUGACAAAACUGGCUGACCUUUAAGGUGCCCCAAGUCCUUUUGUUCGUCCUGUUGCAACAGGCUUUUUUGCUGGAAAUCAUUGCACUUCUGAAAACCUUUGGGUCUCCUCCUGCUUGCAAGUUUCCCACAGCUGACCGCAUGACAUUAUUGUCAUCGAAAGGCCGGCUGUGUUUUCCCCAGGCUUGCCAUUCUUGGGAGAAAUCCAUUUUUUUAAAAAACAAAAACCACUUGGCAACCUGUAAUUUAUCGUUAUUUUUAUAUCCCGCCUUUCAUCCAAGGGGCUGGCGGUGAUUCCCACCUCCCUAUUCUGUUUUCACAAUGACCUUGCAAAGUGGUUAAGGCUGAGAGAUGGUGAGUGGCCCACAGUUGCCCAGUGAACUUAAUGACUGAUUUGAACCCCAGUCUCCCCGGUCCUAGUUCAGCACUCUAACCAACAAACCACAGUGGCUCCACCUGUCUGUGAUAUCUGAAAUACAGUGGUACCUCUGGUUGCGAACAGGAUCCGUUCUGGAGCCCUGUUCGCAACAUGAAAGGAACGCAACCCACGUCUGCGUGUCUGCGCACAUAUGGAUCGCGAUUCGCCACUUCUGCACAUGUGUAUGAUGUCAUUUUGCGUGUCUGCGAAUGCGUGAGCGGCGAAACCUGGAAGUAACCCUUUCCAGUACUUCUGGGUCGCCACGGGACACAACCUGAAAACACGCAGCCUGAAGCGGACAUAACAAGAGAUAUGACUGUAUCCAUUUUUUAUUUUUUUAUUUUUUUGCAAUAUUAAGUUCCCAACAUCAUGCCUUCUUCAUCUUGAUAUCAUUUCUUUUUGGGAAGGUUCAUACCCAAGACUCAGUAAUCCUCUCUGUCUUGCUAACAGCAUGACGACGGACUGAGUCCAGCCUGCUGUACUCAAUUACAAUAAUGUUAAUUAUUUUGGUAUCUCUUGCUGAGUUGCUUUCUGUUAAUGGAAAGAGAGUAGAGUGUCAGGCUGCGUAUAUAAAGUUAGCAAAUAAACAGCUACUCCAGAAAAUCAACAGUCUACGUCAUAAGUUGUUUCAAGGCAUAAUAGUUAAACGUUUAACACCAGUUGCGUGGUUACUGGCUGUAAAACACUUACACAAUAUUGCGAGUUGAAGUUAUCCACUUCAGGCUCCUUCCUGAUCCUGGAUUCCACAAAUGCCUCUAUCAUAGCUUUCCCUUCCUAGAAACCAUUCUUGGAAUUUAUAGAGUGAGGGCAGCGUAUCCAUUCCUAUGAAUAAUGUUUUUGGGCGCAUUUUGGCAAACACCCCCUUGGCAAACACUAAUAUUUUGGUGGAGAAAUGUAGGUCUUUCCGUUGUCACUUGGAAGGAGGAAACCAGGAAGUGAGAGAGUGGACAGCUCACUCUGAAUGUAAGCAAGCAAACAAUAAACAGGAGAGUCAUUUUGAAAGAAUCAUUUAUAUAGCUUUCCAACUUUUGGUAUUGGGAUCAGAGUUCAGGGAAAAGGCCAAGAGUCGUGGGGGCGGGGAGGCAUAGGGCAGAAUGCUAGCAUCCCUCCUUAUGGGCCUUCCCUUUCUUUCCUCUGGAGCAGCGGUUCUCAACUUGUGGGUCCCCAGAUGUUGUUGGACUACAACUCCCAGCAUCCCUGAGCUCUGGCCUUGCUAGCUAGGGGUGAUGGGAGUUGUAGUUCAACAACAUCCGGGGACCCACGGGUUGAGAAAGGCUGCGAGUCUGGAGGAAUUUUGGGGAACUUCCAAAAGACCUGUUUGCUGAGCAAUCCAUCCUGGUAGGUUUGUGGUGGAGGUUAGGGUGAGGGUUACAUCCCAGCAAUGGUUAUCUUGCACUUUUCCUGCAAAGUGUUUUAAGGUAAAGGUAAAGGUACCCCUGCCCGUACGGGCCAGUCUUGCCAGACUCUAGGGUUGCGCGCUCAUCUCACUCUAGAGGCCGGGAGCCAGCGCUGUCCGCAGACACUUCCGGGUCACGUGACCAGCGUGACGAAGCUACUCUGGCGAGCCAGAGCCGCACACGGAAACGCCGUUUACCUUCCCGCUAGUAAGCGAUCCCUAUUUAUCUACUUGCACCCGAGGGUGCUUUUGAACUGCUAGGUUGGCAGGCCCUGGGACUGAGCAACGGGAGCGCACCCCGCCACGGGGAUUUGAACCGCCGACCAUACGAUUGGCAAGUCCUAGGCGCUGAGGCUUAACCCACAGCGCCACCCGGGUCCCACAAAGUGUUUUACUCAUCCUGUAAAGCAGGGGUAGGCAAACUAAGGCCCGGGGACCGGAUCCGGCCCAUUUGCCUUCUCAAUCCGGCCCGCGGACGGUCCGGGAACCAGCUUUUUAAAUGAGUAGAAUGUGUCCUUUUAUUUAAAAUGCAUCUCUAGGUUAUUUGUGGGGCAUAGGAAUUCGUUCAUUAUUAUUUUUUUCUCCAAAAUAUAGUCCGGCCCACCACAUGGUCUGAGGGAGGGUGGACCAGCCCACGGCUGAAAAAGGUUGCUGACCCCUGCCGUAAAGUAAUUUUAGAGGUCUUUAAAACUUUCAUUCGGCAGAGCAUGAGACUCUUAAUCUCAGGGUUGUGGGUUCGAGUUCUGUGCUGGGUAAAAGAUGGGGUUGGACUAAAUGACUCUUGGGGGGGUGGUAUCCUGGAUCUUGUGGGGGGGCGUGUUGGGGCAGGCAGUGGUCCUAAGACAAAAGGCUGGAGUGUUUAUCCAGGAGGGUGUGUACCUGAACAAGAUCUAAAAGGUGAAUAAGGCGGAUAUUUGCUCACCUCAGUCCAGACUGAGACAAGGAAGUGCAGCAGCCUUUCGCAGGCAAACGAUAAAGUCAGUCAAGGUUGUUAUGGAAAGGGCAGUUUCCUUCUUCAGGGAACAAAACUCUCUUUAAAUGGAAGCAGGAGAUAAGCUAGCUUUGAUUUUUGUUUUAUUUAACUACAUGUAUAUACAUGCUGGAACGUAACAAAUACUUCCGGUUAGUUUACCAGAAAUAUUGGCGUUAUCAACAAAAAGCAGUUGAAAACAAGCAGUUUAAAAACAUUUGAAGAGCAAUUAAAACCAGCAAUGAACAAAAAAGACAUUAAAACGUGUAAACAUGGUUUGUUUUUGAUUUAUUAUGUAUUUUGGAUUCUCAUGUCGAAUUUUGCUGUUGCGAACCACACUGAGAUCUUCGGAUGAAGGACAUUAUACAAAUUAAAUUUUUAAAAAACAGUGAAUAAAAAUGAUAAUAAAAUAAUAAUAUAUGGGCUAAGUUGUUUUAAGCAGAUAUCGAAAAGCGUACAGUGAAGAUGCCUGCCAGAUGUCAAAAGGCAGGGAAUUCCGGUGUUUCUGUAGAUGGUAGUUUCUCUAGCUUCACUCUGGAGCUUUAUUGAUAGGGGUUAAGUUGCCAAAAGGCAGUAGUCAUUGCCACAGCUUGUGGCAGUGAGUUCCAUAGGAAUUUGUGCACCGUGUGGAAAAAAACACCCUUAUUUUAUGUCCUCCUCAAAUCUACUGACAAACAACUUCACCUCUCAGUGGGAUGAGGUAGAGACUCUGCACGGACUCAGAGGUACCUUCCUCUUUAUUGUGCCCCGUGUUAUUUAGAGUUAAGUUUUAUAGCUGUGAAUCUGUGCACCUCUGGGAACAGAAUGCAUCAUAAUAAAAUAUUGCCCAUUAAAAAUAGAGUGUUUUCACCUUUCUUGCAACCCAGAGACAAAACACUCCGGGGUAACAUGGCGAUUUGCACCUGCCACAUCGCCAUCAAUGAACAGGGAGCGUCAGGUCUCCUCCUCCUCCUGACAAUUCAGUUAUUUAGCAUUCAUCCUGAUGGGCUUGCACAAAGCUUACGCGGUGCCUCGAUGAUUGUUGAGCAUUUGUUCCAGUUUGUUCGCAGGGCGGUUAUAUGGCAAUGAGCAUUCAUGCAUCUCUUUGUUACUCAUUCACCUGUUCCACACUUCACAGUGGAUUUCCCUGCCAUGUUCCAAACUGCAAAAAGUCUACUUUUUGCACUUUUUUGGGAUUUGUUUCACUAGGGGGAUAGAGUGCUUUAAACGCACUAACUUAAACCUCCUGUGUGCGCUUGGCUAGCUCCUGCAAAAUACCUGAAACUUUGGAGACACCCUAAGCAAAUGCUGUACUUAAAUAAAUGCAGAAGCAAGCAGGAAGGAAUUGGAUCAUUGCUUUUGUGGUUCUUAUGGGGAAACAUAGCCAGUCAGAUGCAUGGCCGCAGUGGUUUGGUAUGAGGAAACCCAAGGCUUUUUUAAAGGUGUCCUCACACUUGUUUAUUUAAUGCUUUUGUAUCCUUCCAUUGUCCUCCCUGCUGAGUUCUGCAAGGGGAAAAGCCGAGUGUUCAAGGGGACAGUGGAGGCGAAAUAAGGAGUUGGCUCUGGCCUGGCAAUCGCUCUGGGUCCAGCCACUGUUGCAUACUCUCCAACAUUUAUCCAAUGACAAUAGGGACGUUGUAUUCCAUAAUAACAAUGUUAUAAGAAAAACUGCUCCAUUUCCCUUAUGGAGUAUUCCAGAGCACAUAUACAGUGGUACCUCAGGUUACAAACGCUUCAGGUUACAGACUCCGCUAACCCGGAAGUAGUACCUCAGGUUAAGAACUUUACCUCAGGAUGAGAGCAGAAAUCGUGCGGCGGCCACAGGAGGCCCCAUUAGCUAACGUGGUACCUUAGGUUAAGAACAGUUUCAGGUUAAGAAUGGACCUCCGGAACGAAUUAAGUUCUUAACCAGAGGUACCACUGUAGAGUCCUUAAGUGGGUUCCCUAUUGGUAUGAGAAAUAACACAGGACAACCAGAAUAGAUUGAGAAGCAAAGCAGCUAGUAAGCCUGAUCUUUAUUAAAGGAACUGUUGCAACAGGGUCCCCACUCACCCUUUGAAGGAGGGAGGAGAACCCUGAACAAUGGUGUGCAAGCCCCUAUAUAGGUUUUUGAAAUUGCCCACCCUGUGGCCCAAGACCCCCCUCCAAAAAAAAUCAUACAUACAGGCAGUCUACAGCUGAAAUCCUGUUUGCCAGGAUACCUGAUAAUAGUCACUGGUUGCAUUACCUGGGCAGUCUGGCCAUUCUUUUGUGAUAGUUAAUACUUUAGUUCCUGAAUCCUGGUCACAGGCUCACCCUAUUCAUACACAAAUACACGCCCUUACGACAGGAUUUGCCACCAAAAUGACAAUGGGAAGACUUUCCCCAUUUGCUUCCCUUACUGCAGAGGAAUAUUUGAGGUUGUUGGGAGAGUCAGAAUGGCUUCAGGAUUGCUCUCCCAUACUAUUUCAGACACAUGGUUCAUAUAUUUUGAUAUGUGUGCAUUUAUGAAUAUUCUAUAUGUGAGACCUCAAAAUUCUUAUAACAAUAAUAAUUUUAUUAUUUCUACCCCGUUCAUCUGACUGGGUUGCUCCAGUCAUUCUGGGCAGCUUCCAACAUAUAUAAAAACAUAAUAAAAACAUUAAACAUAAAAAACACUUCCCUGUACAGCCUUCAGUUGUCUUCCAAAGGUUGUGUAGUUACUUAUCUCCUUGACUCCGGGGUUGCAUAACCCCACACCCUCAAACAUUUCUCUCAUGACAAUAGGGAUGUCCUAAGGAAAAGAGGGGGACGCUGUGGGUUAAACCACAGAGCCUAGGACUUGCUGAUCAGAAGGUUGGCGGUUCGAAUCCCCGCGAUGGGGUGAGCGUCCAUUGCUCGGUCCCUGCUCCUGCCAGCCUAGCAGUUCGAAAGCACGUCAAAGUGCAAGUUGAUAAAUAGGUACCACUCCGGCGGGAAGGUAAACGGCAUUUCCGUGCGCUGCUCUGGUUUGCCAGAAGCGGCUCAGUCCUGCUGGCCACAUGACCCGGAAGCUGUACGCCGGCUCCCUCGGCCAAUAAAGCAAGAUGAGCACUGCAACCCCAGAGUCGGUCACGACUGGACCUAAUGGCCAGGGGUCCCUUUACCUUUAAGGAAAAGCGGGAUGUUCCGGGAUCAAACUUGAAACUGGAAAAUAGAGACAGUUGGAGGGUCUCCUGUUGGCUCUGCUGCCUUUUCACUUACCAGUCACCACUGUAUUAAUGGAUAUGACCAACUUGGGUACAUUAAUUUAAGUAGGUCUACUCUUAAGCGAAACGUGUUUGGCGGAUGCAGGUACGAGUUGAAAGGAAACUGUGUCUUUUUCUUGUUGCUUUCGUUAAAUGUCUAGGAAGCAGAACCCCUUGUGAGUGUCUGGAGGCGGUUGGAGGAUGGAUGGCGGCUAACAGAUUGAGGUUGAAUCCUGACAAGACAGAAGUACUGUUUCUGGGGGACAGGAGGCGGGUGGGUGUGGAGGACUCCCUGGUCCUGAAUGGGGUAACUGUGCCCCUGAAGGACCAGGUGCGCAGCCUGGGAGUCAUUUUGGACUCACAGCUGUCCAUGGAGGCACAGGUCAAAUCUGUGUCCAGGGCAGCUGUUUACCAGCUCCAUCUGGUACGUAGGCUGAGACCCUACCUGCCUGCGGACUGUCUCGCCAGAGUGGUGCAUGCUCUGGUUAUCUCCCGCUUGGACUACUGCAAUGCGCUCUAUGUGGGGUUACCUUUGAAGGCGACUCAGAAACUACAACUAAUCCAGAAUGCGGCAGCUAGACUGGUGACUGGGGGUGGCGGCCGAGACCAUAUAACACCGGUCUUGAAAGACCUACAUUGGCUCCCAGUACGUUUCCGAGCACAAUUCAAAGUGUUGGUGCUGACCUUUAAAGCCCUAAACGGCCUCGGUCCAGUAUACCUGAAGGAGCGUCUCCACCCCCAUCGUUCUGCCCGGACACUGAGGUCCAGCGCCGAGGGCCUUCUGGCAGUUCCCUCAUUGCGAGAAGCAAAGCUACAGGGAACCAGGCAGAGGGCCUUCUCGGUAGUGGCGCCCACCCUGUGGAACGCCCUUCCAGCAUAUGUCAAAGCGAUAAACAACUACCUGACAUUCAGAAGACAUCUUGAGGCAGCCCUGUUCAGGGAAGUUUUUAACCUGUGAUAUUUUACUGUAUUUUUUGUUUCUAUGGAAGCUGCCCAGAGUGGCUGGGGAGGCCCAGCCAGAUGGGCGGGGUAUAAAUAAUAAAUUAUUAUUAUUAUUAUUGGCGAUGGACUGCCAAUUGCGCAGAGAUCUAAAAACGUGUCCCAAUUGACUUUUACACUCACUCUUGGGUUAUAUGGUUCCAUUAAAGUUGAUGGCUUUAUGGCUUGAGAGAGGCUUUCCUGAAAGCUGUAUCUCUUGUCAUAAACCGGAUUAUGCAGACCCUAACCACCUGAAUGUAUGCUGCUCCUCACGCCACCAACGUCCUGAGGACAAGCCCAGAGCAAUUCUGGCCUGAAAGCAAAGGAUGUUUCUUGAUCUCUUUCUCUCCAGGAAUGUUCAGGGUGAGGCUUCAUUACUGUGAAUGGCCUUCAGACCUUAGGGAUGCACUCCCAAACCAUAAAACACUUCGGCAUCCCUCAAGGCAGCGAUUUAAAACAGUUCAGGGACAGAUGUAGGUUUGAAGGUCAGGUGCCCUCAAAGCAGAGGGCCCCAGCAGCAGGGAGCUGAGUGUAGCCGCCAUCUUGAUUUAUCAUCUGUGCCCUGGAGCUGAUUUAGAGUUGCCCCAUGUCCUCUUUUUCCAGGACACAUCCUGUUUUUCAUGGGCAUGUAAAAGGAGAGUAGUCAUAGCGAUCCAUAGUUAAAAGUAGAAGUUGGCGAAUGUGUCCUCUUUUUUUGCUCUUCAGACUAUGGCAUCCCUUCCUGUACAGUGGUACCUCGGGUUACAUACACUUCAGGUUACAGACUCCGCUAACCCAGAAAUAUUGCUUCAGGUUAAGAACUUUGCUUCAGGAUGAAAACAGAAAUCAUGCUCCAGCCGCACAGCAGCAGCGGGAGGCCCCAUUAGCUAAAGUGGUGCUUCAGGUUAAGAACAGUUUCAGGUUAAGUACGGAACGAAUUAAGUACUUAACCUGAGGUACCACUGUAUUAUGGAAAAUUCAAAUGGUGACUAGACCAAGCUGAGGCUAUUCAGAACCAAAAGAUGUUUUUCAAAGGGAUUCUCAAAGCAGGUUUGGACAACGGGCCUGACAGCAAACCAAGGUUUUCGACUUCCGAAAGUGUUCGAAAACCAAGGCACAGCUUCCAGUUGGCCACAGGAGCUUCCUGAACUCAAUCGAAAGCCGCCUCAGACGUUCAGCUUCCAAAAAACGUUUGAAAACCAGCGUUUGGGAGCCAAAACAUUUGAGUCACAAGGCGUUUGAGAACCGAGGUAUGACUGUACUGACUCUGGCUGGCGCUACCCCUAGGCAGAGUGAGGUAGCUUGGUUGUCAGUAAAGCUCAGCAAGGACAAAUUUGACUCAGUGUGUACUUAAAGGUGAAGCUAUGCAGUUCGCAUUGUCCAAAAUAAUACGUGGAUUGACAUACAGCCACUUUUUACAAUUCACGCAUCUCCAAAUUCCGCAACGCGGUUCUCCGGCCAAUUAACGUGUACCAAAAUGCCAGAGGAAAAAGUGGGCACAGAACCGCAUGUAAACAAUUUUACAUUUGUGUUAUAGGCUAGUUUCUAAACAUACACACCCCUCUGCCUGCUCCAUCCAGACGAGCAAGAGGUGUUCCUGGAGUCCGAGGACACAUUCCAGCCAGGCAAAAGUACUUGAGGAUAUGAGGAGUGUGACUUGGAAAGACGGGGCAUCAUCUGGGAGGAAGAUUGAGGUUCCUCACAUGAAAAAGAAGCCUGCUAGUUCAGUCUGAGGGCCCACCUAGGCCAGGAUCCUGUUCUCACAGUGGCCAACUAGGUGCCCCAAAGCGAAGCCCAGAACCAGGACCUGAACAUAGCAGCCUGUCUCCCCAGAUGGCUGAGCAGACUUUAUUUAGUUUGUAUAUUUAUGCUCUCUUGGUUAUAUGACUUGAACACUAGCAGAAUUAACCCUUAGCUGUGCACUGAAUGAUCCCUGCUGUUGCGCUUUCUUCCACCAUUUUAUUACCAUGGUACCUCAGGUUAAGUACUUAAUUCGUUCCGGAGGUCUGCUCUUAACCUGAAACUGUUUUUAACCUGAAGCAUCACUUUAGCUAAUGGGGCCUCCUGCUGCCGCCGCGCCGCCAGAGCACAAUUUCUGUUCUCAUCCUGAAGCAAAGUUCUUAACCUGAAGCACUAUUUCUGGGUUAGCGGAGUCUGUAACCUGAAGCGUAUGUAACCUGAAGCGUAUGUAACCUGAGGUACCACUGUAUAUGUCCCUGCUUUUCUUGAAUGAAUGCGUUCAGUCCUUCACGAAUCUGGACACUCCCUUUUUAAAGUCAUCUAAGUUAAGCAUUCUAAGUUAUCCAUUCUGAAGGAAAUCAGCCCUGAGUGCUCACUGGAAGGACAGAUCCUGAAGCUGAGGCUCCAAUACUUUGGCCACCUCAUGAGAAGAGAAGACUCCCUGGAAAAGACCCUGAUGUUGGGAAAGAUGGAGGCACAAGGAGAAGGGGACGACAGAGGACGAGAUGGUUGGACAGUGUUCUCGAAGCUACAAACAUGAGUCUGACCAAACCGCGGGAGGCAGUGGAAGACAGGAGUGCCUGGCAUGCUCUGGUCCAGGGGGUCAUGAAAAGUCGGACACGACUAAACGACUAAUCAACAACAAGUUAAGCAGUUGAGGAACUUUACAAUGUACAAACCUAGCGUUUAGUCCUUAGCUGAACCGGGCUUAAUCUAUGCACCGGUGACCAGGUAUUGGCCCUUGAAUUGUAGAGCGGUCUGCUGCAGGCCACGUCUCUGAUGACAAACUUGUCGGACUAGAAAUCUGAGUGUUUCCCAUGCUGAGCAGCCUGCAGAGGGAAAGCCUUCCUCUCUAGGGAAAGCCUGGAACGCUCAUUGCCCUGCUGUACCCAUUCAUUUGAUGCACUCGCAGUCAACAGCAAACUAAUGACCGCCCAUAGCAUUCCUCUUGCCACCUUGUAAUUACUAUGAUUUAUAUGGUAAAUGCAGUGUGCUGGAGUUGCGCAGGGCAAUUGCAGGUCAAGGGGUAAGUCUUGGGGGGGAAAGGGGGAGGGCCUGAAUUGGUGGGGCUUACAAUCCGAUCCUGCCUGUAUUGACUACUACAACAUGCCACAUGUGGGGCUGCCUUUAAAGUCAGCAUGGGGUGGGGGUCAGAAGGAAACUGGCAGUAAACCACACCGUGCAAGUUGGAAUUGACUCUUUGUUUAUCUUGUGAUUUUAAAAAAAUCAAAACAUGGCGUCUGGGAAGAUGGCGUCCCGGAUUUUGGCUUCAAAGUGUUCAAAUCUUGUGAGAGAUUUGUGGGAUUUCCUUCUAUGCCUUCCUGGGUGGAGGCAACUGUUUCCCUUAUGCGCUUUCUGGGAAGAGAACCUCCCCGCUUCUGUGUUUACCAUGAGGGAAGGAGCCCUUUACCUCUUUGCAAAGGAUUACUACAGAUUGCGGCUAGUGUGUGUGUGUGUGUGUGUGCUCUUCUUCAAAACCUAGCAGUGGGAGCAAGCCCUAAUACAGGUAUGUCCAAAGUCUGUUUCGGGGGCCUAAUCCAGCUCUCUGGUCGGUUUAAUCCGGCCCCUGUGGCAGUUUAUUUCCUGCGGUAAAAUCCCAAAAAAACCCUCAACCCUAAAAAGCUCAACAACGUCAAUCAUAAAAAAAGCUCAAAAAUUGUGGUUGGCCCUUUGGUCGGCCCUCACGGCCCUUCACUUCAUGAAAUCCGGCCCUCUUUGAAAAAAGUUUGGACACCACUGCCCUAAUACAACACCGGUCCUGAAAGACCUACAUGGGCUCCCAGUACGUUUCCGAGCACAAUUCAAAACAUUGGUGCUGACCUUUAAAGCCCUAAACGGCCUCGGCCCGGUAUACCUGAAGGAGCGUUUCCCAUCGUUCAGCCUGGAUACUGAGGUCCCGCUUUGAGGGCCUUCUGGUGGUUCCCUCACUGCAAGAAGCCAAGUUACAGGGAACCAGGCAGAGGGCCUUCUUGGUAGUGGCGCCCGCCCUGUGGAACGCCCUCCCAUCAGAUGUCAAAGAGAGCAACAACUACCUGACAUUCAGAAGACAUCUGAAGGCAGCCCUGUUCAGGGAAGUUUUUAUUGUGUUUUUAUUAUGUUGGGAGUUGCCCAGAGUGACUGGGGAGGCCUGGCCAGAUGGGUGAGGUAUAAGUAACAAAUUAUUUGUUUAUCUAUCUAUCUAUCUAUCUAUCUAUCUAUCUAUCUAUCUAUUACUAAUGGGAUCCUACCCAAAGGCUGCCUAGAAAUGUCCCUUCAUCCAAAGUGUAGCCCUUAAUAGGAGAACUUCAUACCAGGCAUAUAACUGAGAAGGCUGAACUGAGAAUCUCAUGGAAGGAUUCCCAUGGCAUUUAUUUUAUUUUAUUUUAUUGUUGUUUGUGGGAAGGCCCCUGUUUUGAUCCCUGGCGCCCCCAGCUAUGGCUGGAGAAAACCUCGGCACCUGAAACCCUGGAGAGCUGCUGCCGGCCAGUGCUUAGCCUGCUUAGCCUUAGCCGUUGGUUUUGAUGUUGGAGCUUCUUGUAUUUAUCAGUGAUGUUUUUAUGUGUUGCGAUCCGUCUUUGGGAGGGCUAUGCGCCCUGAAAAGUGUAUUAGCAAACCACUUAAAAUAAAUGAAUGUAACUCCACACCUAUUGAGAGCCCACACCAGGGAGUCGUCCUUUUCCUAUGCUGCAGAGAGGUUAAGGCAUGGGUAGGCAAACUAAGGCCCAGGGGGCCAGAUCCAGCCUAAUCGCCUUCUCAAUCCAGCCCACAGACAGUGCGGGAAUCAGCGUGUUUUUACAUGAGUAGAAUGUGUCCAUUUAUGUAAAAUGCAUCUCUGGGUUAGAGACAUCACCUUGCCAACAAAGGUCCGUAUAGUUAAAGCUAUGGUUUUCCCAGUAGAAUCAUAGAAUCAUAGAAUCAUAGAGUUGGAAGAGACCACAAGGGCCAUCGAGUCCAACCCCCUGCCAAGCAGGAAACACCAUCAGAGCACUCCUGACAUAUGGUUGUCAAGCCUCUGCUAAAGACCUCCAAAGAAGGAGACUCCACCACACUCCUUGGCAGCAAAUUCCACUGUCGAACAGCUCUUACUGUCAGGAAGUUCUUCCUAAUGUUUAGGUGGAAUCUUCUUUCUUGUAGUUUGGAUCCAUUGCUCCGUGUCCGCUUCUCUGGAGCAGCAGAAAACAACCUUUCUCCCUCCUCUAUGUGACAUCCUUUUAUAUAUUUGAACAUGGCUAUCAUAUCACCCCUUAACCUCCUCUUCUCCAGGCUAAACAUGCCCAGCUCUCUUAGCCGUUCCUCAUAAGGCAUCGUUUCCAGGCCUUUGACCAUUUUGGUUGCCCUCCUCUGGACACGUUCCAGUUUGUCAAUGUCCUUUUUGAACUGUGGUGCCCAGAACUGGACACAGUACUCCAGGUGAGGUCUGACCAGAGCAGAAUACAGUGGCACUAUUACUUCCCUUGAUCUAGAUGCUAUACUCCUAUUGAUGCAGCCCAGAAUUGCAUUGGCUUUUUAGCUGCCGCGUCACACUGUUGGCUCAUGUCAAGUUUGUGGUCAACCAAGACUCCUAGAUCCUUUUCACAUGUACUGCUCUCAAGCCAGGUGUCCCCCAUCUUGUAUUUGUGCCUCUCAUUUUUUUGCCCAAGUGCAAUACUUUACAUUUCUCCCUGUUAAAAUUCAUCUUGUUUGUUUUGGCCCAGUUCUCUAAUCUGUCAAGGUCGUUUUGAAGUGUGAUCCUGUCCUCUGGGGUGUUAGCCACCCCUCCCAAUUUGGUGUCAUCUGCAAAUUUGAUCAGGAUGCCCUUGAGUCCAUCAUCCAAGUCGUUGAUAAAGAUGUUGAAUAAGACCGGGCCCAAGACAGAACCCUGUGGCACCCCACUAGUCACUCUUCUCCAGGAUGAAGAGGAACCAUGCAUCAGUAAUGAUGCACGGAAGUGAGAGCCGGACCAUAAAAAAGGCUGAACGCCGAAGAAUUGAUGCUUUUGAAUUAUGGUGCUGGAGGGGACUCUUGAGAGUCCCAUGGACUGCAAGAAGAUCAAACCAUUCUUAAGGAAAUCAGCCCUGAGUACUCACUGGAAGGACAGAUCCUGAAGCUGAGGCUCCAAUACUUUGGCCACCUCAUGAGAAGAGAAGACUCCCUGGAAAAGACCCUGAUGUUCGGAAAGAUGGAGGGCACAAGGAGAAGGGGACGACAGAGGAUGAGAUGGUUGGACAGUCUUCUCGAAGCUACCAGCAUGAGUUUGACCAAACUGCGGGAGGCAGUGGAAGACAGGAGUGCCUAGCGUGCUCUGGUCCAUGGGGUCACGAAAAGUCGGACACAACUAAACAACUAAACAACAACAAAUCUCUGGGUUAUUUGUGGGGCAUAGGAAUUCGUUCAUUAUUAUUUUUUCAAAAUAUAGUCUGGCCCCUAACAAGGUCUGAGGGACAGUGGACCAGCCCUCUGCUGAAAAAGUUUGCUGACCCCUGGGUUAAGGGGACACCACUGGCGGCAGUCCUUGCAGGUGAUUCGUGGAUGGUAAGAUGCAUUGAACGUUUGCAUGUGGGUAUCAGCUUCCAAGUUUGGCACAGUGCCAAAAUGAUAAUGACCAGAUGUGUGUGCUAUAUGCAAAUGAACCCAAGUGCUCAGCCAAUACCUGAAGGUUGAUGUCAUUCCGGGGAAGAAGCUUGUUUUCAGUGAUGUUUUUGUAUUCCACAUCGGCGGCUGCUGUGGUCUUUUCUUGCACCUGAUUCCCACCGUAGCUCGGGUUACAGUGGCUAUUUCCUGGUUUGAGUUUUACAGCUCUCCCUUGCUUAUCUCUUGGUAAUUGAGUCUAAUAGCUUCGCUAUCAGCGCUGCCAUUGAACUCAUCCAAGUGACGGGCAUGCUCCAAAUUCUGCUCCAUCUACUUAGGAGACCGGACAAUUCCAGGCCCUGGGUCUUUCUCAGAGGAUAUAGCUGUCAAUGAAUAAUAGCCAUGAAGGCUUUUCUCUGCCUCCACAGUCCGAGGCAGUAACGUCUGUGAACACCACUUGCUGGAAACCUCAGGCAGGUAGAGUGCUCUUGUGCUAGGGUCCUGCUUGAGUUUCCUACAGGCAACUGGAUCAUUCCCAGUGAGGUUUGGCUUGGCUGUGAAAAUACUUCCCUGCAGAUUAGGGGUGGGUAUCCGUGAAGCUGAGGCUCCAAUACUUUGGCCACCUCGUGAGAAGAGAAGACUCCCCGGAAAAGACCCUGAUGUUCGGAAAGAUGGAGGGCACAGGGAGAAGGGGACGACAGAGGAAGAGAUGGUUGGACAGUGUUCUCGAAGCUACCAGCAUGAGUUUGACCAAAUUUGGGAGGCAAUGGAAGACAGGAGUGCCUGGCGUGCUCUGGUCCAUGGGGUCACGAAGAGUCGGACACGACUAAACGAUUAAACAACAACAAUCUAUUGUGAAAUUCUCUGUGCCCAGAAGCCUUAUAGCCUGGGUAGGCAAACUAAGGACCGCGGGCCGGAUCAGGCCCAAUUGCCUUCUGGAUCUGGCCCACGGACGGUUCGGGAAUCGCCGUGUGGAUCGCCAGCAUGCGCAUUCUUUCCCUCUCCCUCCCUCUCCCUCACAAGGCGGCGGCGCCGCCUCCUCCCUCCCUCCUCCUGGCUUCUCCCUGCCCUGCCUAGAGGAGGAAGGGGGCUGGGCUUUGUUGGUGCCAGCAGCAGCAGCGCUUGAGCGGUGGCCAUUUUAAGCAGCCCCUCUCCGGAGCCCUUUCGUGCACCGCUCAUUGUCCCUCCGCCGCUGCCAGCCCCUGCUGCUCGCAAGACACAGGUAAGCAGCCACCAGGGCUCGUGGUGCUCUUGCAUCAUUUCCCCCACAAAAAAUAUAGUCUGGCCCCCCCCACAAGGUCUAAGGGACAGUGGACCAGCCCCCUGCUGGAAAAGUUUGCUGACCCCUUAUAGAAACUGAGGGAUUCCUGAAUGCUUGGGGAGGGAGGUGGUUUUUAUUACUAUUAUUUAUUUAUUACAUUCGUAUAACACCCUUCAUCCAAAGAUCCCAGGGCAGUUCACAACACAAAAAUAUGAAAUGAGAACACAGCAAACUUUUUCAGCAGGGGGUUGGUCCUUGUGAGGGGCCAGACUAUACAGUCAUACCUCUGCUUACAGGCGCUUCAGCCGCUUGGGGUUUUUUGGGCUGCAGACCGCUGAAAACCAGAAGUACCGGAACGGGUUACUUCCGGGUUUCGGUGGUCACACAUUCGCAAAAGCACUAAAUCGCGCUUUGCACAUGCACAGAAGCACCGAAUUGCAACCCGUGCGUGCGCAGACGCGCCACUGCGGGUUGCAGAUGCUGCAGGUUGUGAACGUGCAUCCCGCACGGAUCACAUUCACAACCCGAAACUGUAUUUUGAAAAAAAUAAUAAUGAACCAAUUCCUUUGCCUCACAAAUAACCCAGAGGUGCGUUUUAAAUAAAAGGACACAUUCUACUCAUGUAAAAACACGCUGAUUCCCGGAUCGUCCACGGGCCGGAUUUAGAAGGCAAUUGGGCCGGAUCCGGCCCCCGGGCCUUAGUUUGAAUAAAAAGAUCACGCUCCCAGUGAGGCGGAAGGAAGCAAUCCUUCCAUCGGGCCAUAUUUGCAUGGCAAUUUGACACUGGGGGAAAUAAGGCAAGCAUAUAAUCUGGAGAAUACGCUUCUCGAGUUGCCUGGGUUGUACAACCACAAGGGACUCUGGACAUUCAGGGAAGGCUGUGGUUGCUUACCAACCAGUCUUCGUUGCAUCCUGUUGCACUGUGUAACAGGCUGGCCGCUAGCCCAGGAGGCUUAUGGCAGGGCGGCAGCCAGGCAGUGGCAGCUCCUUGGCUUGAAUAAAAAAAUCCACCUUCUGGAAGCAGCUGGUUGCGGCAACUUGGCUAGUUUCUCCUCGAAGGAGGGAGGCAGUUUUCCUGUUUACGUGAAAUCAGACUGCCUGCUAAAGUUCUGCUCUUGUUGUAGAAUUGCAAGCUGCUCUAGGGCUGCCUUCUGUGCUGUUAUGCUGCCUCCAGCCCCUGGGAGGGAUCUUUGGGGAAGGUCAGGCAGUCAAUGAAUAAAGCACAGCUGACUGGGAUUCAUACCUUUUGAGAAAUACUUUUCUUUCUUUUUUAAAUAUAUUUUUAUUAAGAAUUUCAACAUACCGUAUUUUUCCAUCUAAAGGACGCUCUGUUUCCCCUCCAGAAAUUAAGGGGAAAUGUGUGUGCUUCCUAUGGAGUGAAUGCAGGCUCCUUGGCUUCAGCGACAGCAAUGCGAAGCCUCCGGAGCGCGGAGGGAGCGCUCCCUCUGCGCUUCGGAGGCUUCGCGUUGCUUUCGCUGAAGCCAGGAGAGCAAGACUCUCCUGCCUUCAGCAGAGAGGGAGAGCUGCGCAGCGCCCCUUCAGCGAAGCGGGAGGAGAAAUGGAAGGGGCUCCGUUUCUCCUGCUGCUUCGCUGAAGGGGCGCUGAGCAGAGAGGGGGAGAUUUUUUUUCCUUGUUCUCUGCCUCUAAAACAUGGUGCGUCCUAUGGUCGGGUACGUCCUAUAGAGCGAAAAAUAUGGUAACAGUUUAUCCAAAAUACAUCAUCCUCAUUUCCCCCCCUUUUUUUUUCUCUCCCCCCUCCUCCCCAAAAGAAAAACCCACCCUCCCCUCCCCGGACUUCCCUCAGCUCCUCUCUCUGGUUUUUCCGCACAUAUUAUUCUCUGCAUAUUAUAAAAUUGUAAAGAUCCUUAAUUUAUCUGUCUAUAUGUUACCAAUAAAGUUUGUGUGUGUUUAUUCAAAACCUGCCAAGGAUUCCAGUUCAUUUUGUUGUUUCUUUAAGUACUUUGUAAAAGGUUCCCAUUCUUCUUUAAAGUCACAGUUGUCCUUAUCACGUAGUUUGUGUGUCAAUUUUGCCAAUUCCACAUAGUCCAUCAAUUUCUCUUGCCGCAGUUCUUUGGUCGGAAUUUCCUUGUUCUUCCAUCCUUGUGCUAUUAAGACUCUUGCCGCCGUUGUCGCAUACAUAAAGAUGUUUUUUCAGUUUCCUUGGCAGGUCUUUCCCUACAAUCCCUAACAAAAAUGCUUCAGGCUGUUUUACAAAUGUUAAUUGUAAAAUUAAAUACUUUUCUAUAACUGACAUGGUGAGGGGAAAGAAAGUUGCUCCAAAGGCUUUGCCAUGGCUCUGGGUCCGAACAGUAAAACCUAUAUAAACCCAUGGAUGGCUCCGUUGGUAGAGCAUGAGGCUCUGGAUCUCAGGGAUGUGGGUUCGAGUCCCACGUUGGGCAAAAAUAUUCCUGCAUUGCAGGGGGGUGGACUGGAUGAACCCUGGGAGUCCCAUCCAUCCAGCUCUACAAUUCUAUGAUUCCAUAGCCUCCACAUUUCUUGCUGGGACAUAGUAGAUAUUUCCUCCUGUCCUCGAUUUACCCACCCACCCCCAUCUCUCUCUCACCAGGGGACAAGUUGAAACAUGACCCGACUUUCCACGGCCCCAUCAAAAAUAGGUAAGAAACGCUUUGCGCAUGGACAGGUGAAUUGGCUGCAGUCUAGAGUACUUGUGUGGUGCCUUUGAAAGCGGCUGGGAGGCAAGGAGGCCUAAGAGGAGAAUGGGCAGGCUUAGGUUCCAACUGCAGGGAACCUGUAGCCCUUCAGAUGUUGCCGGAUGACAGCUACCAUCACCCCUGACUAGGAAUGUGGGAUUAUUAUUAUUAUUAUUAUUAUUAUUAUUAUUAUUAUUACAUUUGCAGCUAGGUCUAUCCAACUGACCCUUUCUGAAACAAUACAGGAACUGAAACGCAGCCAUUUUGCACAGUUCUCCCUUACCCGAAUGUUAUGAUGCUGUUUUCUAAUCAAUGCUUAUAAAAAAAACACAUAAAUUAGGGGAAAGUGUGAAUAAAACUGAAAAAUCUCCCAUCUGUUUAUUUGAUUGUGUUUAUAUCCCGCCUUUUCCUCCAAGGGGCUCGUUCAUGGUUCUCCCCUUCCUCAUUUUUUUCUCACAAAAACCCUGUGAGUUGGUUGAAACAAAAUAAAAAAAUUCCUUCCAGUAGCACCUUAGAGACCAACUAAGUUUGUUGUUGGUAUGAGCUUUCGUGUGCACACACACUGAAGUUGAAGUGUGCAUGCACACAAAAGCUCAUACCAGUGACAAACUUAGUUGGUCUCUUAGGUUCUACUGGAAGGAUUUUUUUUGUUUUGUUUCGACUACGGCAGACUAACACGGCUACCUACCUGUAACUAAACCUGUGAGGUAGGUUAUGCUGAGAGGUUCUGACUGGCCCAAGGUCACCCAGUGAGCUUCAUCACUGUGUGGGGAUUCAAACCCUGUGGGGUUAAAUACAGUGGUACCUCAGGUUACAAAGACCUCGGGUUACAAACACUUUGAGCUACAGACUCCGCUAACCCGGAAGUAGUACCUCGGGUUAAGAACUUUGCCCCAGGAUGAGAACAGAAAUCGCACGGCAGCAGCAGCGGCGGGAGGCUCCAUUAGCUAAAGUGGUACCUCAGGUUAAGAACGGUUUCAGGUUAAGAACGGACCUCCAGAACAAAUUAAGUUCGUAACCAGAGAUACCACUGUAUGGAAGACAAGAACUGUAUACAGUCGUACCUUGGUUGUCGAACGCCUUGCGACUUGAAAGUUUCGGCUCCCGAACGCCACAAACCCGGUAAUGAGUGUUCUGGUUUGCAAAUGUUUUUGGGAAGUCGAACGUCCAAAGCUCCUGCAGCCAAUCGGAAGCCACGCCUUGGUUUUUGAACGUCUUGAGCGCCUUGGUUUUCGGAAGUUGAACGGACUUCCGGAACAGAUUCCGUUCAAGAACCAAGGUAUGACUGUAUGCCACAUUGAGCUCCUUGGAGGGAAAGGUAAGAGAUAAAUGCAAUAAAUAAAUGAAGAUAAAAUAAAGGAGAGCAAAUGCUGAUCGCAUUCCCUGGAUUGAUUCACAUUCUGGAUAUGGGAACAUUGGCAAUUUUGGCUCCCCGUCUCCUAUAGUCUCCAAUAUCCCUAGUGAUGACUCAGUUAUGUGAAGAAAAUUUGCCCUCUGGCCCAGUGGUGUGUGGUCAGUGGAAUAGGGGGACUAGACUAGUCCCUUAAAUAUUCACCUCCUUCCCAAACCCUAUGGAAAACUUCACCACACAACACUUAUCUGGCCUGUUUAGAAGAGAAGAAGAACAGUUUGGAUUUGAUAUCCCGCUUUAUCACUACCCGAAAGAGUCUCAAAGCGGCUAACAUUCGCCUUUCCCUUCCUCCCCCACAACAAACACUCUGUGAGGUGAGUAGGGCUGAGAGACUUCAAAGAAGUGUGACUAGCCCAAGGUCACCCAGCAGCUGCAUGUGGAGGAGCGGGGAAGCGAACCCGGUUCACCAGAUUACGAGUCCACUGCUCUUAACCACUACACCACACUGGCUCUCUUGUUUAGAGUAAUUCUCCCCUCGUUUUAAUUGUUUCUUCCAGGGUUGGGCCUUCAGAAGAAUUUAAGCUGUUUAUUUCAGGCAGCUUCCUUCGUCACCCAGGCGUUCUCCAGAUAUCCUAGACUACAACUCCCAUCAAGUUGGCUGGGGCUGAUAGGAGUUGUAGUCCAGAACAUCUGGAGGGUGCCAGGUUGCUGAAGGCUGAGCCUAGAGUGAGUGUUUUUGGGGUCCGAGAGCCAGUGUGGUGUAGUGGUUAUGAGUGGUAGUCUCGUAAUCUGGGGAACUGGGUUCGCGUCUCCGCUCCUCCACAUGCAGCUGCUGGGUGACCUUGGGCCAGUCACACUUCUCUGGAGUCUCUCUGCCCCACUCACCUCACAGAGUGUUUGUUGUGGGAGAGGAAGGGAAAGGAGAAUGUUAGCCGCUUUGAGACUCCUUAAAGGGAGUGAAAGGCGGGAUAUCAAAUCCAAACUCUUCUUCUUCUUCUUCCGAGCAGACUCCUCCAUCCCCAUUUCUGCUAUUUAUUCACACGUGUCCAUGAUCUGUCUUCCUGCCGUCCUUCUGUUCCAGGAGCUGUACUGACAUUAUCUGCUGUUUUAUCUUCACGGUUUUCAUCGCUGGCUACAUCGUGGUGGGGAUUCUGGGUAAGUAGUGCUAAAAGUAACAGGGCUUGGAGAUGAGGGCAAGGAAGGUGGGAUCAAGUUGGGAGCUAUUGUUUUGCCAGGCAGACGCAGUUUGUCUGGAAGCUCUGCCAGCUUCAGUACAUGACAUGAGAACCAAAUUCAAUCAAGUUGUUUUCUUUCUUCCUUCUAUUUUUUUUUAAAAUUUAAAUAGAUUUUAUUGAUACAUCAGAUCAACAACAACAAAACAGAAAAACAAAACAAAAACAAUAUACAGCAAUAAAAAGAAAUUAAAAAUUAGAUAAUGACUAUAAAAGUUACAGCCAACGAAACUUAAACAUUUACACCACAUAAAUAUAAAGUUUUGACUUCCUUCACCCUGAUAUCAGCUUUUUAAUUUAUUUCUUUUCAACUGUUUCCUUUGUGAAUUAUUCUUACGAUUGCCUCACAUACAUAACCUAAGAGUCAUAAACCGUCUGCAGAAAUUAAUCAAACACUCAGGUUGUUUUCGUUUGCAGGCUUGAUUUUGGGCACAAUCUCUGUUCAGUGCCAGCGGAAGUAAAUAAGUUGCAAAGUGCUGCCCUUUGUGCUAAGACGCGUUUUACCAUUUACAGACACCGUAAUCGUAAGAGUCUUCAGCAUAAAAACAAAAAACUGCAGUGUUAUGAGAUAGAAACUUGCUGUGUAUUUUACUAAUGCCCUGAGACCUGAAAGAAUAUACUGUAUUGAUCCUUGACACAGACCCUCCAAGUGCCCGUAUUUUCCAGGGACAGUCCUGGAUUUACAGAAGCUGUCCUGGUUUCUGAAUGUCCCACUUUUCCUUAGAAUGUCCCUAUUUUCAUCGGAAAAAUGUUGGAGGGUAUGGAAUAGGAUGUCCCAAGGCUUUUUUUCCAGCUGGAAAUCACCGGAACUAAGUUCCGGCACCUCUCAGUUGCCAUUAUAAGAGAACAAGGGAGGUGUUCAUGGUGAGUUCCAACACCUCUUUUUCUAUAAAAAUAGCACUGGUCAUUGUCCCACCUUUGAGUCCACCCCUAACCAACACCACCUCACAGUGCCUCUGUAAAAAUGCGAGCGCCUUUCCUCACUCCCAUUAUCCUUUGUUUCCUCUCAAUCCUAGCCUGGCUGUACGGUGAUCCCCGGCAGGCUAUUUAUCCCAGGAAUUCAACUGGAGCAUAUUGUGGAAUUGGCGAAAACCGGUAGGUACAGAGACCCACGGGAAAGAAGGGGGAACCAAUGGCAAAGGGUGCAUUGUCACAGGGAGCGUGUUUAGUAAGUGCACAAGACUGGAAUCCAUGGCCAGAAACGUACCUCAGCCUGGCAGAGCCAUUUUCUUGCUCCUCCUUUUCCUCAUCGACUUAACUUCUUGUUUUUAGUUUUUGCUUCCUUCUAAUAUUUGUGUUUCCCCUUUUGUCGACAGUCAAGUCUUCCAACGAAGCCGCUGCUUCACCUUUUUCUUCUUCAUUUUACGCAUUUGCUGUGUCCUUUCCCCAGUCUCUUUCUUUACCUACCUUGCACCCACCUCCUAUUGGUAAAACCUAUUUGGUGUUUUGCAACUUUCUGACUAGUUGCAGGACCUUAGCCAGACCUAGCAGAGUAAACGCAGAAUCCACGGAAGCAUUUGGUGACUUGGCUGCAGACAGGAUAGACGAAGCAGGAACCAGGAACUUGUAGUUAGGUGUUUAUUAUAUUCAGUGGACUAUUUACAGGAACAGAACACGGAUCUUAUGCUAGCUCUCUCGGAUACGACUCACAACUCCUACACUGACACACAGAACUCUACACAUUCCAGUUAGUAGGCCAUUAAUUAUCACUCCCUUGAGAGAGCUUGACCAAUCAGGGAGCAGUCUCCAUGACUCUGUUAUCACCAGGCAGACUUACUCCUUCAGAUUGCUUUCUGGCUGUCUGCCAAAUCUUAAUUGACUCUGUGUGAGUAGCUGCACAUACACAGUUUCCCAACACCUCCCCCCCGUAAUCCUUUUUACUGUGCAUUUGCGAUGGGGGGGGGUUCGGAGGAGAAAUUUGAAGGUGAAUCUAUGAAACGUUUACUUUCCAAAACAGUAUGAGAACCCGGAAGCACAGCUGUCCUUCAGAAUUCUCCCUUAUCCAAACUUUGCCAUGCAACCAAUACGUAAUGAUGUGUCACUUAAAUACCAUACAGAAAUGCAUUAUAUUAGGGGAAAUCUCUUGCUAGUCAGAACCGCAUCUCAAAAAUGCAUUUGUUAGGAGAAAUUCACACUAAAAUUCACACUUUUUUAAAAAAAGAAAGAAAGAAAUUUGCACAUCGCUGCAGAAGUGUGGUGAAUGGAAUUUGAGAAAGAAUGGGAAAAUUCAAGAGUCAAAACAGAUAUUUCCUUCCAUCCCUAACUUGCGAUGAUUUGUGCACGUUGAUGGUAUCAGGGCGGUUGUACAUGAUCCAACUUUCAGUAUUGGCUGCAUCUGCACAAUAUGUUAAAAGCACCAUGAUACCAGUUUAAACAAUCAUGGCUCCCCCUAGAGCAGCGGCUCUCAACCUGUGGGUCCCCAGAUGUUGUUGGACUACAACUCCCAUCAUCCCUGAGCUCUGGCCUUGCUAGCUAGGGGUGAUGGGAGUUGUAGUUCAACAACAUCCGGGGACCCACAGGCUGAGAAAGGCUGCCUUAGAGAAUCCUGUAAACUGUAGUCUGUCAAAGGUGCUGAGAGUUGUUCCCCUCACGGAGUUGCAGUUCUUAGAGCUCCCUGGGAAGAACUAUUGGCACUUGGAUAUCUCAGUUGGUAGAGCACGAGACUCUUCAUCUCAAGGUUGUGGGUUCGAGACACACGUUGGCCAAAAGAUUCCUGCAUUGCAGGGGGUUGGGCUAGAUGACCCUCGUGUUCCCUUUCCAACUCUACAGUUCUGUGAUUGUUAAACCACUCUAGGGUGCAUUUAACCCCAUUUUUGUCCAUGCCCCAGGCCCAGUGGACGUUGCCCCUCUCUGCCAUUUGCCCUGGGAAGAAAGCUUCUCUCAGCCCUUGGCCCCUGAAUUGUUGACUCUGCCCCUGCCUAAGAUACGGCCUCCCCAUAUGGAAUACUUCCAUAUUGCUGAACUAACAGGGAGGAUAAGAGGAGAUAUGGUACAAAAAGUGAAUAAGAAGUGGGCUAUCUUUAAGGAAUACAUCAAAAUUUAUGGGGGAAAAGUAGAAUUUCUGACAGAUAUUGAGUGAGUCCAGAAAAUGAUUAGAGUGAAAGGAGAGCAAAGUCAAGAGAUUAAAGAAAUAAUGAAAUGUGUUUAAGCUAGUCGGAAAAAAUAAAGUAGUGUAACAAGAAUGGCUGGAAGUCAAGUCACAUGGUGGGUGUCUGUGUGGGGUAGGUAUGUUGAUAUGUACAGUAUAGGCAGGUAUUAUAUAGAGUAAAAUAGGUAUGUUUUAUGUUAUGAAAAUAAGGUGGUGUGUUGUGUAUGUGUAUUGUGUAAAUGUAUAUGUAUGUGUUUUAUAUGUUAAUAAAAUUUAAAUAAUAAAUAAAUAAAUAAAUAAAUAAAUAAAUAAGAAAGAAAGAUACGGCCUCCCCUCUCCUCCCUACCCUCUUAAUUAUUUAAUCUGGGUUUGUUUCACUCUCUCUCUCUGUGUUUUGCAGGGGCAAACCUUUCCUUUUUUACCUAAACAUUAUGAAAUGUGUCACAAGCUUCAACGUCAUAUCAGCUGCCAUGAGUGGAUUGCAGUGCCCUACACCGCAGGUAAGAAGAGUGGGCGGGCUCAGGAGGGGUUCCUGAGAUGGAGCUGGCUGUAGCAGGAAGCACUUCCUCAUGUCCAUUUUGUUUCUGUUCCCUUCAACUUUAUCUGCCCACUGCCGAUUUUCAAAUUGCAUUACAUCAGCCUUCUUUCCAGGCACCACCGAGGGAUUGAACCCGGGGCUACUGCACAUGGAAUGCACUCUCUCCCACUGAGCCACAACCCUUCCCUUGUGUUCUAUGCUGAUGAAGAUUAUGGCACGAAAAAUGUGUUGAUGUGCUCAUCCUUUAUAUUUGAAGCCAACUCUUCUAUCUCUUCUGUUGUUAUUACUAUUAAUAAUAAUAUUUAUAAAUUUUAUUAUUUAUACCCCGCCCAUCUGGCUGGGUUUCCCCAGCCACUCUGGGCUGCUUCCAACAAAACACUAAAAUACAAUAACCUAUUAAACAUUAAAAGCUUCCCUAAACAGGGCUGCCUUCAGAUGUCUUCUAAAAGUUUGGUAGUUGUUGUUCUCUUGGACAUCUGGUGGGAGGGCGUUCCACAGGGUGGGUGCCACUACCGAGAAGGCCCUCUGCCUGGUUCCCUGUAACUUGGCUUCUCGCAGCGAGGGAACUGCCAGAAGGCCCUCGGCACUGGACCUCAGUGUCCGGGCAGAACGAUGGAGGUGGAGACGCUUCUUCAGGUAUACUGGACUGAGGCAGUUUAGGGCUUUGAAGGUCAGCACCAACACUUUGAAUUGUGCUCAGAAAUGUACUGGGAGCCAGUGUAGGCCUUUCAAGACUGGUCUUGUAUGGUUAAAUACAGUGGUACCUCUGGUUGCGAAUGGGAUCCGUUCCAGAGGCCCGUUCGCAACCUGAAAAGAAUGCAACCCGUAGCGGCGCGUCUGCUUCUGCACAUGCGUGUGACGUCAUUUUGCGCGUCUGCACAUGCCUGAGUGGCAAAACCCAGAAGUAACCCUUUCCAGUACUUCCGGGUCGCCACAGGACGCAACCUGAAAAAACGUAACAUGAAGCAAACGUAACAUGAGGUAUGACUGUAGUGGGAAUAAUAAAUCUUGUUGAAUAUCCAUAACGAAAGUGGGGGAGGAAAGGAAUGAAAUAAGAGCAAUAAGAACUUAGGAUUCAUAAUCUGACGGAUCCCAACUUGGAGGCUCUGGUCUUAUUUAAAGACAUCACCAACCAAACCUGGGCCAAAGCAUAUUAACCUGCAUACAAAAGAAAAAGAAAUGGAAGGUCAAGAUGGCUGAGAAGAAAAUACAAUCUAAAAUAACUGUUACUGCCAGGUCCCAAGGUAGGAGUCACUCAACAGCAGAAAUUGAUCCCAAUGCAGAUCUGAAAGAUUUGAUAGUUAACAUGGACAAAAAUAUAAAUGAUAAACUGGAUUCAAUGAACAAUAAGAUUGAACAAAAUUUUAAAAUAAUAAUAAUAGAUCUUCAAGGUCAGGUAAAAGACCUGACAAUAAAAAGUAAGGAGCUAGACAAAACAGUUCAGGAAUUAAAAAAUCAAGACAAAUAAACAAGAAGAAGUGUCCAAAAGGAUUCAGAACGACAAUAAAGACCUGAGGAAAAAGCAAUAAUAAAAUUAUAAAAUAAUAACAAGGAAGUCACACACAGGUGGAGGGAAGACACAGGGCAAGAAAUAAGAAAUGGAUAAAUGUGAGUACAUAAUGAAAUGUGAAAAUGUGAAUUUACGAAUAUAAUGUAUAUGUAUCAUUAUGUAAAGAUUUCAUAUAUGUAUUGCAACAUUAAUAAGUAAGUAAGUAAGUAAGUAAGUAAGUAAGUAAAUAAAUAAAUAAAUAAAUAAGAAAGAUGAUUAUGGCACAGGAGUAGGGCCAUUGUAAAAAGUUGGCAACCCUAACUGCCAGAGAAGGCAAAACCAAGAAAGUGAGAAGUUGGGGGCCUUGACUUCUCCCAGACUCCAGACGCGACAGUUGGAAAUUCUGUCAGAUCAAAGCAAUCGAUAAUCUUUGCAAACCCCUCCAGCGUUUGUUCCGUGCGCUUGCCUUCCUUUCCCUCUCUCCAGAUCUGCGUCCCGUCCUGCCCUUCCAAGUUCUGGGCGGUGCCUCCGCAGAUUAUCCAAAAGGAUAAACCCGAGGACAUAUGGAACCAGACCCUGUGCCAGCCAACGAUUAACCUCACGACGACCAGCCUGGUAAGUUGGCACCUUUCGUUACGGCAGGUUGGUUCUUCACCCCCACCCAUUUCUCCACUCCGCAAGCGUACAGGCCAUGAGAAGACAUCUUGGCUACAUCAGGCCUGUUCUCGCAGGAGCCAGUCAGAUGCCUUGAUGCCUACAAGCAGAACCUGAACACAACAGUCCUCUCCUCUCCUCCUUGCAAUUCCCAGCAAAAGUAUAUUCAGAGGUCUUCUUCUUCUUUGGCGAUCACUCGUAGACGAGUAAGAUUGUCUUCCAUAAACACAGUUUUAACAAUGAGUCCGUAAGUAACUGUGGAGGCCAAUUCUGGAUCCACACGUCCUUCCACAGUGGGGACAUUGGUUUCCGGGCGGGAGUUGAUCAUGGUGUGGAUUUGCCAAGCGUGCCUUCCUCUUAGCGCAUUUCUCCCUUGCGUCCUGAGUUUGAGUGUCUUCAAAGCCCAUGACACCUUUGGUAAAGGCUGUUCUCGAACUGGAGCGCUUGCAGGCCAGUGUUUCCCAGUUGUCAGUGUUGAUACUACAUUUUUAAAGAUUUGCCUUGAGAGAGUCUUUAAACCUCUUUUGUUGACCACCAGCAUUACGCUGUUUCCAUUUUUAAGUUUGGAAUAGAGUAGUUACUCUGGAAGACAAUAAUUAGGCAUCCGCACAAUAUGACCAGUCCAACGAAGUGGAUGUUGAAGAAUCAUCGCUUCGACACUGGUGAUCUUUGCUUCUUCCAAUACACUGGCAUUAGUUCGCCUGACAUAAUGGUAUGUCUAUAAGUGAUUGUGGAGGCCAAUUCUGGAUCCACACAUCCUUCCACAGUGGGGACAUAGGUUUCCAAGUGGGAGCUGAUCGUGGUGAGGGUUUGCCAAACAUUCCUUCUUCAAAGCUCAUUUCUCCCUUUCUCCCUGAAUUCUUCGAAGUUCAUGACAGCUUUCGUCGAGGCUAUUCUCCAAUUAGAGCACUCGCAGGCCGGUGUUUCCCAGUUAUCAGUGCUUAUACUACAUUUUUUUAGAUUUUGUUUUCCACCGAUAUUUCGCUUUCCAUUCUUAAGUUUGGAAUAGAGUAGUUGCUUUGAAAGAUGGUAAUCAGGCGUCCGCACAAUAUGACCAGUCCAACGAAGUUGAUGUUGAAGAAUCAUCGCUUUGACACUGGUGAUAUUUGCUUCUUCCAAUACACUGGCAUUAGUUCGCCUGACUUCCCAGGUGAUGUGUAAAUUUUUUCGGAGACACCUUUGAUGGAAUCUUUCGGGGAGUUGGAAAUGGCGUUUGUAAGUGGUCCAUGUUUCACAAGCAUAUUCAGAGGUAUAUAGCCUCUCACACCAGAGGUGGAAAAUAGACGUUGUGGCUAAUAGCCAUGGAGAGCCUUAGGUAAAGGUAAAGGGACCUGUGACCAUUAGGUCCAGUCGUGGCCGACUCUGGGCUUGCGGCGCUCAUCUCGCUUUACUGGCCGAGGGAGCCGGCGUACAGCUUCCGGGUCAUGUGGCCAGCAUGACUAAGCCACUUCUGGCAAACCAGAGCAGUGCACGGAAACGCCGUUUACCUUCCCGCCAGAGCGGUACCUAUUUAUCUAUUUGCACGUUGACAUGCUUUCAAACUGCUAGGUUGGCAGGAGCAGGGACCGAGCAACGGGAGCUCACCCCAUCGCGGGGAUUCAAACCACCGACCUUCUGAUCGGCAAGUCCUAGGCUCUGUGGUUUAACCCACAGCACCACCCGCAUCCCUGGAGAGCUUUAUAGUCCCCUUUUAAAGCCAUCCAAAUUAGCGGCCACCACUGUCUCUUGUUGGGAGUGUUUGUCUUGGUUUCCUGCUCUCCUUCUGGAUAGGGAUGGAGGAGAUAUUUGAUUCAGCACAAAUUUAAAGCCGGAUCUGUCGCAUUCUCACUUUCCAAAACAAUACACGAACUGAACACGGCUAUAGCCUUCGAAAAUUGCACCCGCUUGAAUUUUGCGAAGCAGUCCUCCAGCCAAACAACAUUUACAAAAAUGAGGGAUAAAGGGUGUAUAAAAAUGAAGGUAUUGGUGAGAAUACCACGCAAGAUCACAUCAUAGUAAGGGAAGUUGCUUGCCCAAAGUGUCAACGUUGCAUAGAAUAAAUGGGUUAAUUUGGAGAAAUUUGCACUAAAUUGCUGAGAAGAGCCACGUUGGCUGAAAGAUUUUUAGAUGGUGGUGGUGGGGAUAUCUUGAAUGAAUGAAACUGCACCAGAAAGCAAGUUUUAACUUCCUGUUUAAUUCACAGAGUGUGUCAGAAAUUCUCAACCUGCAACUUUGUCCAGAAUUCACUGUCCCGUCCGAGCCAGGUGAGCACACAAUCUGGGUUCAGUCUGCUCACAAGCCCCCAGUCCUUUGACUGACGUUUCAUCUACCUUGAUGAGCGGCACAGGAGAGAAUUCUGCUGGGUCUUUCGUUGCUUCAGCACUGCCAAAAGGAAAAGCAAUGCCUAGCAAAAAAAUUCCCUACUGUACAACUUUCAGUGGGGCUUCGACCAUCUCUGUACCCUGGGGCCAAAUGGACCAGUGGUCUAACUCUGUAUAAAGCAGCUGUUAAUGUUCCGAGGAGGAGUUUUGGGAGCGAGGACUUCUUGAUUUAAUGAAAAUAUUGCAGUGCAUGUUUGAAAUAUGUAUGCAUGGUCUGUGUAUGUGAAUUUCAUGUGUGCUUCAAUUUGCUACUGUGGUUUUAUAAUUUAUUCAGCCAAGAAUUUGUACCAGAGAGCCAGUGUGGUGUGGUCUCACGGUUAGAAGUGGACUGACUAAGGUCCAGGUUCACUUAAGGGACGUUGGACCUGUCACUCCCUCUCAAGCUAACUUUCCUACCUUGCAGGGUUGCUAUGAGGAUUUUUUUUUUAAAAAAAAGACGAAAUAGAGUGUGAGGUAAUAACUCAGUGCGAUUGAGAAGGCGAUUGGGCUGGAUCCGGCCCCCGGGCCUUAGUUUGCCUACCCAUGCGUUAAACAAUGCCUUGACCCCUGUUCAUGAUUAUAUUUUAUAACAUUUGGAUUUGGCACAUAAUUUGUGUUCUGUACUGAUUUUUCAACCUCCCCUGGUCUCUGAUCUGCCCCCCUGCUCUAAAGAGAGGUGCCUCCUCACACUGCCCCACAGGGGCCUGGGAAGAGGAUGCCCCCAGUUUUAGUGGCCCAACAGAGACUAGCCAAAGGUGAACAUGAAGCCAGCGCUUUACCUUGGGAGGCAGUAAUUGGCACUGCCACUCCUGCAUGGUGGAAAGGCCUCCCCUUCAGCACCGGCACUCAGCUCCCAGGCAGGCCUUGCACAAAGCAAGCACAAUGUAAUAAACGAAAAUCUGCCCUUAUUCCCUUAUGGGGGACACAAGAACCAUUAUAGAGUCCUUUGUAGGUUCUCCAUCAGUCAGAGAAAAUAACAGAGGCCAACCAGAGAAUAUUGAUAAGCAAAGCAGCUAGUAAGCCUGAUCUUUAUUGAACUGUUGCAACAGGGUGCCACCUUCACACACAGGGGAGGAGGACCCAGAACCCAGGUGUGCCCGCCCUUAUGUAGACAUUUUAAAUUGCCUGCUUUGGAGUCCAAGACCACCCCCAGAAACAUGAUACCUACAUCACAGAAGGGGUGUAGCUCAAGCCGCCCCCCCGAUACAUCAUACCUACAUCACAGAAAGGGCGAUCUACAGCAGAAAUCUGAGUGCUUUGUUUACCUCCUGUCUGGCAAGUUACCUGUUAAUGCUUACUUGAUUGGAUACCCUGGGGAGCCUGGCCAGUCUUUUGUAAUGAUAAAUACUUAGUUCCUGAGCCAGGUCACAGGCUCACCCUAUGCAUACACAGAUAAUACACUUGACAGGUUUUGUGAAUGAAAAGACAAUGGGGAGCCUUUUCCAUUUCCCUUUGACCUCGCAGAGAAAACAUUUGGUCAGUCUGGGAGCCAAAAUGGUACCAGGACUGCUUUCCUGUGCUGCUUCGGACAUGUGGUUUAUAUAUAUAUGUAUGUGUUUGCUUGGUACAUUUAUUAUAUAUAUAUAAGACCUUAAUUUUUUUAUUUCAAUAAGAAAGGCAAGCGCAGCACCUGCCUGCCUGCCUGCCUGCCUGCCUGCCCGGCCUCCCACUGCUCUGUCCAUUCCCCUGCUUGCUUACUGCAAGGCCACUUUAGCUCCUGGCAACCAGCGCCCCCUGGCCAGCCCCAGAGGCACCAUUCCCCUGGGGAGCUUGUAGCCAGGGCUGCUGCAAUAAAUAGCUGUGCAAGCCUUUGGGAGGCAGAAACAUGAGAGGGCAUCAGAGGAGGGAAGGAAGGAAAGAGGGGCAGAGGCCAGUGUUGCCCUCGUCCAGUGCUCAGAAUGGGGCAGAGUUUUAGGCAUGGCAUCAAAAUGAACAGCACCCUCCAAUAUGGUGUGUAAUUGGCCCCAAGGCCUGGGGUCUUGCCGGUGUGAGGAGAGCAGCGCUAGGCCUGCUCUGCCGAUGUCCCACGUCUUCAAGAAUUGACCCUAAUCUACGUCUAUUUCUUUUUACAGUUCUGAGCCGUUGCUUCCCUACUUUUAACAUCUCUCAGGCUGAAUCCUUCAAUGUGGGCGGGAUGGAUAAAAAUAAAACUCUGGACACUAUCAAGAAUGGCACAGAGUAAGUCCUUUGACUCCCUGGGCGAACUUCAGUGAAUUCCUGGUUAAGUUGGGUAUCGGGAUUUUUGUUAGGGAUUGUAGGAAAAGACCUGCCAAGGAAAAAAAAAAUAUUUAUGUAUGCGACAACGGUGGCAAGAGUCUUAAUAGCACAAGGAUGGAAGAAUGAGGAAACCCCAACGAAAGAACAAUGGCAAGAGAAAUUGAUGGAUUAUGCAGAACUGGCAAAAUUGACAUACAGACUGCGAGACAAGGACAACUGUGACUUUAAAGAAGAAUGGGAACUUUUUACAAACUGCUUAAAAAAACAACAAAAUGAACUGGACUCCUUGGCAGGUUUUGAAUAAACAUACACAAAUUUAUUGACUGUUAAUAUAAUAGAUAGACAAUUUAAGGAUCUUUACAAUUUUACAAUAUGCAGAGAACAAUAUAGGCUGAAAAAUCAGAGAGAGGAACUGAGCAAAGUCUUGGGGGAGGGAGGGGGGUUCUUUUUGGGGAAGGGGGAGGGGAAAAAUUGGGGGGGGAAUGAUGAAGAUGAUAUGUUAUGAUAAUUUGUUAUAUUGAAAUUAUUAAUAAAAAUUAUUUAAAAAAUAAAUAAAUUGGGUGCAGUGAUUUUGAAGGGGCUCUGUGGCACAUGCCACAGAACAUCCUUCAAUCACUGGCAUUUCCAGUUAAAAAUAGGAUGAGGCAGCGGGAGAAUGUGGAAUACCUCUCUCGGCCUGUGACCCAGGGAAGCCUCUGCCAGUCAGAGCUGACAGCAGUGGGUUGGAUGAACACAGAGCCUAGCCAUCAUGCCUAGUAGCCAUGGCUAGCUAAAUCUUCCACGAAUUUGUCCAAUCCUCUUUGGAAGCCAUCCAAGAUGGUGGCCUCUGUUAGAAUUCCUGCUCUGUGAUUGCAGUCAUGGGAUUUUUGUCUAUCACAUGACGGUGUGUGUUUUGACUCCACAGAGUGGGAAGUGACGGAGACAGGAUGUUUGUGUUACUGUGUUCCGUGAAGUGGGACUAUUGUCCUUUGUUCUUUUCUCUUAGCUUUCUGAUGCUAGAGAGAGAGGGAGCCAUGUUGCAGUGCUCCGUGUGUGUUUAUAUGUAAAUAAAGUAGAUUAGCCAAAAUGCUGAGUUGCUGAGGUCUGUCACGCAAGGUGCUCAAACUCUGCGGAUCCCUAAGUGUGCCGGUGCUGGUUGGCAUGGGUCGCUGUGAUGUUUGGGCAGAAGAAAGCUUUUGAAGCUCCCAAACGAUUGACCAGGAGGGAGAGAACAUGCCAGUCAGGCAUGUGUCUCUACCAGGGCCCUGCUUGAGUGUAGGCUGAGCUCCUGAAAACACGGUAAAAGAUCAAACAUUAAAAACUUCCCUAAACAGGGCUGCAAUCUAAAGUCAGAUUGUUGUUUAUUUCUUUGACAUCUGGUGGGAGGGAGUUCCACAGGGUGGGCGCCACCACCAAGAAGGCCCUUUGCCUGGUUCCCUGUAACCUCACUUCUCGCAGUGAGGGCACCGCCAGAAGGCCCUCAGAGCUGGACCUCAGUGUCCAGGCUGAAUGUUGGUGGUGGAGACCCUCCUUCAGGUAUACUGGACCAAGGCCGUUUAGGGCUUUAAAAGUCAGCAACAACACUUUGAAGUGUGCUCGGAAAGAUAUAGCACUGGCAUAAGGCUGCUUCCUAAUUUACAAAUGCCCUAGACCAGGCAUGGCCAAACUUGGCCAUCCAGCUGUUUGGGAACUACAAUUCCCAUCAUCCCUAGCUUAACAGGACCAGUGGUCAGGGAUGAUGGGAAUUGUAGUCCCAAAACAGCUGGAGGGCCAAGUUUGGCCAUGCCUGCCCUAGACAGUCCCCCUUUCACCCCCUUAGUGCCAAGACCGCCUUUGCCCUCAAAGUUUGUUUUCUGGAUCCUUUUCUAGUUUUGGCAUUAGUCCUCCUAGGUCCCCCUCUUUCUCAUAGCUACCUUUUUGGUCUCUUGUCUUCAGACAGCUGUUGCAGGCUCUGGGUGCUAAGAACCUUGGACUGAAGAUCUUUGAGGAUUUCACGCGCUCGUGGUACUGGAUCUUGAUGUGAGUGGCUGAACAAGUUGAGAGGGAGUAGCUUUGUGGAGGAGAGGCCAGCCAUGAUUUGUGCAUUACUGCAUACAGCCUGAGGGUGGCUCUGGAGGCUGAAGGUGUAUAUGGCAACGAUCUUCUUUUUUUAAAUAAUUUUUAUUGAUACGGCAAGAAAAAACACAAAUACCAAAUUACACACAGGAAUAACCAUAGACACAUAAUUUUCUUAACAAACAAUAAAACAUAUAUUGGUCUUAACACUAAAGACCCAACCUCCCGUCUACAGUGGUACCUCGGGUUAAGUACUUAAUUCGUUCCGGAGGUCCGUUCUUAACCUGAAACUGUUCUUAACCUGAAGCACCACUUUAGGUAAUGGAGCCUCCUGCUGCCGCCGCGCUGCCGGAACACGAUUUCUGUUCUUAUCCUGAAGCAAAGUUCUUAACCUGAAGCAAUAUUUCUGGGUUAGCGGAGUCUGUAACCUGAAGCGUAUGUAACCUGAAGCGUAUGUAACCCGAGGUACCACUGUAUUCCAUAUUUCGAUUUCAUAUUACUUAUUGCCAAUACACACUUUUAUCAUAAUUAAACUUUUUCUUAAUAUAUCUAAUUUCUUAUAUCUACCUUGCAACUAUUACUGAAGUUCCUCAAAUGCUGCAACAGAAUUCAAACUGCUAUAUUUAUUUUUCAAAUAUUCUUUGAAAACCUCCCAUUUUGAAACAAAUUCCUGUUUUGAUUUGUUCUUUAUUUUUUCCGAUAGACCGUCUAAUUCGGCAUAUUCUGUCAGCUUUUGGAUCCAGUCUUGUAUAGGGGGGAUUUCAUUACUCUUCCAUUUUAUGGCAACGAUCUUCAACUGGGAGUCCCCAGGUGUUAUUGGACUCCAAUUCCCAUCAUCCCCAGCCAGCUUAGCUGAGGGUCAGGGAUGCUGGGAGCUGUAGUCCUACAAUGGCUGGGCAACCCAACGUUGAAGAACAAUGGUUUAUGGUUAUAGUCGGAGCCAAAUGUUGUAUACUUUUUACUUCGCUGUGCAAGUGUGCAAUGUGGCUUUUGGCUCAGAAACCAGCAUUCUAGUGUUCUGGAAUUUCGUUUAAAAACUAACCAAGUUUCUAGGCCUUAUAGAUGCACCGUAAAGCUUCAGGCAGUGUUGAAAUCUCAGUUGAACAGGGGUACCAACUUGAAUAAAAUAUUGUGGGCGCCCAGAUAAGAUCCGCCCCAUGUAAUUGAUCACAGGACGCAGUGCACACACCCCACGGGAAUUGUGUUUUGUGUACAUUCAAAUGUAAGAUAAAAGAUAUGCAAAGGGACUUGACAGGAAGUCAAAGUUGAAGAAAAGAUUUUGGAAGAUAAAAGGGAAAAAAUAUUUACUUUCAUUAGUAUCAUUUUGUGUGUGGGUGUGUGGGUGUCUGCACAUGUGUGUGUUUUUGUAUGCAAUGUUUGGGAGGAAAUAAGACGGUAAAUAACAAAUAACAAACUAAAUAUUGAUGUAUGUAAUUUUUAUUCCUUAAUUAUAUUUAGUGGUGGUAUGGCUGUAUUGUUUUUUGUAACAUAAAAUAAUUCAAUAAAAAUUAUUUUUUAAAAAAAACUUUGGGGGGGGGACAGCCCCCUCAAAUAUUUUAUUCUGGGGGCCAAGGCUUGAGUGCAUUCACAUAUUUCCGUCAUGGGAAAUGUAUCUGGUUCUGCCUUCCCUCCAGGGAUUGGUGGUGUCACUUUACUUAUUUGAAAGUUUUAUAGAUCACUAAACAUUUAACAUAACCGAAUACAAGAGGAAAACCGCUGGAACAGAAGGAGCCUUCUGUUUCAGCUUUUAAACACCUGCUGGAACCGUUUCUAUUCCAUCAGGCUUUUGCAGGCAAUUAAGAAGACACACGUCCACAAUAAUUAGCCGAUUUCUGAUGUUAACAUUUUUGCAUGGCUUUUAUUGUGUGGUUUUACCCAUAAUUGUUGUAAACUGCUCUGGUAUCUUCUACGAACAGCAGUAUAAAAAUGUUUUAAUGAAACAAACAAACAGAUUGCAACAGAACACAUAAAAUGCAGUUCCAUUGAAAUACUGUUGACUAAUACCGCUCCAUUGAAUCAGUUCAUCUCUCAAGGAAAACCUGCAGAAUUGCGUUUGGGUUUUUUUAAAGUCUUCAACACUUUCAGUACUCUAUUUUUUUUAGGGGGUAGGGGGAUGGAUCUUGUACCUGAUGCUAAUUUUCAUUCUUGCUGGAGCAGAGGAAAACAUUUUGUUUUUGUUUUUUAAAUAUAUUUUUAUUAAUUUUUACGUAAAGUUUCCAAAAAACAUACAACAUAUUUUCUUAUCUUAUACAAUGCUUUGGACUUCCAUCAACCACGUCUGAAGAUUUUUCAGUCUUUAUCACUUAAUCUACAUUUCAUUCAUUUCACUAUUACUUUUAAUAGUCCUUUUCACAAAUAAUUCUCUUCAUGCUUCUCUCUGCAAUAUUUCACACAGUCCACCUUACAAAACUUCUUGUAGUCCUACUAGCGUAAUCUGUUGAUUGCAAUUGCUUUUCAAAUAGUUCACAUAUUUACUCCAGUCCUCUGAGAAUCUCUGAUGCCGCAGGUUUCGAAUCCUUCCUGUCAUUUUGUCUAAUUCUGCAUGGUCCAUUAAUUUCGUCUGCCGCUCAUCUUUCGUCGGCAGUUCUUCUUGUUUCCAAUUCGGGAGCAGGAAAACUUUUUGAUGUCCUGUCUCUGGUAAUACGGGGCAGUGUCUGGUGCAAGUGGCAAGACAUGUCGUUCCCCUCUGUUGCCAAUGCCCAGGCUGCAAGCGCCAUGACUUACGCAGGCAAAACUAUUAGCAAGCUUAGGGGAACCCAAAGGUUGGCAGGAAUACAAAAGGCCUUCAGGGAAAGCCCGCCUCCCCUUAAAAAACCCGGCGAUGAUUGACUGUGCACAGUGAUGCUGGCCAUGUGGAAUGGCACGGCGUGGAAUGCUGGAAACUGAGCGGGAGGCAGGCCGGGAUGGAGUAUUCGGAGGAGGGUGUGUGGCUGGCUGACCGCUACCCAGCUGCCACUGGAAGUUGGUGGUUAGAUUUGGGGUUGGCUUUAAACACCUUCCAAUCCCUGUCUAUCUUCUCUUUUGAGAUCCUUCCAAUUGUGUUUAAAGGAUACUUGCAAAACCAUAUUGAAAAACCAGAACUCCUAUUAGAAUAAACAAGUUCUGUUUUAAAUACUGAAAUACUAAAUAAGAUGGAUAACAAUGUGUAAUAGAAAAAGAAGCACGAAAUUAGGUUUAAAGUGUGUGAAAGAAAGUAAUAGAAGUGGAAAGAAAUUGCAAUUGAGUAGAUUGGAAGUCUAACACAAAGGUGGGGUGAGGGGUGGUGGAUGGUGAUGGGAAAAGGAAUUAUCUGUGGGACUGAAUGUAGGUAUGUUUGUAUAUAUUUAAGGAUUGUAUGAAAUGUAUGUUUGUAUGCUUGUAUAUUCGCAAUAUGUGUGUAUUAAUGCUGAAUUACUUUAACAAUAAAAACUUUUCAAAAAAAAAAGAAAGAAGAUUUGGGGUUGGCUGGGUGAGUGCAUUUUUCAGCAGACGCGGGGAGAUCACCUCUGUGCUCUGACUCUCUCUUACCUUGUCUUCCUUCCCUCCAGAGGGCUGCUGAUUGCCUUGGUGCUCAGCCUGGUAUUCUUGCUGCUGCUACGUUGCAUCGCUGGGGUUCUGGUGUGGAUCAUCAUUGUAGGGGUGCUGGUCGCCGCAGCCUACGGUGAGUAACGUUGUGGGGAAGGGCCGAAGUGGAGGAGCCAAAGCGAAGAAGGCCACAGGCCUACAUCUCCCUGACUUUCCGCAAGGAAUCCUGGGAGGUGCAGUUUUCCCCUCACAGAGCAAUAGUUCCCAAGCGUCCUUAACAAACUACAGCUCCCAGGAUUCUUUGGGGGACGCCACACAAUUUAAACGUGCACUGAAUGUGCUUACAGUGCGUGGUGUUGUUGACAUCCGUCUGUCUCGGGAGACCAUGGAGGAGUGCGCCUUUGGAAGUGAAGUCAAACUGUUGGAAGAUUGCAGAGACUGCUGUGGCUGUAGAGACCGAUAUGGGAGAGACAUGUUUUAUUGUAGCUGGGGCAGAUGAAGGCGUACGAUUGUGCUGUUGCAGAUGCACCAGGGUGUUUCUUCUCUCUGCUCUCCUCCUGGGGGUCAUUCCUCCUCUGGCCACCUGGCUCUCUAUCACCAGGCCCUGCAGUCAUCUGCAUGGGAUUUAAUUUAAUUUUUAUUAUUAUUAUUAUUAUUAUUAUUAUUAUUAUUAUAUUUUAUUUUAUUUUAUUUAUUACAUUAUAACAUAAUGAUAUGUUUUAUUAUGUUUUUAUAUGUGUUGGCAGCCAUUCAGAGUGGCUGGGGCAACCUAGCCAGAUGGGCGGGGUAUAAAUAAUAAAAUUAUUGUUAUUAUAAUUAUUAUUCACACAUGGCAGGGUUGAUGUUGCCAGCUUUCCUGUCAUGUGUGUUGUGUGGCUCUUUCUUUAUCCCACAUGAAUUUGUCUGUUUCCGAUCUCCUCCACACAAAGGGAGGGCAAGGGAUGAGUUGGGGAGCGUCCAGAAGCCGAGACCUUUUACCUGAGAGAAAUCUUUUUCCUGGAAGGUGGGAAGUCCAAAUCCCCAGGCCGAAUUAAAGCCCUCGGUUUGAGUAACGACAAAAACCUCAUUUCUCCCAUAUACAGUCGUACCUCGGAAGUUGAACGGAAUCCGUUCCGGAAGUCCGUUCGGUUUCCAAUACGUUUGGAAACCAAAGCGUGGCUUCUGAUUGGAAGCUCCUGCAGCCAAUCAGAAGCUGUGGAAGCCCCAUUGGAUGUUCGGGUUCCAAAGAAUGUUUGCAAACCGGAACACUCAUUUCUGGGUUUGCCGAAACGUUCGACUCGCAAGGCAUUCGGGAUCCAAGGGAUAAAAAUGUCAGAACUCCACUCGGCCAAGCCGAUAAGGCCUCAUCUUCCUCCGAGCCGAGCCUUUGAAAUCGCCUCCAACGUGUUUAAUGACCUGAGCCUUUGAUAAGGCCUCAAGCACAUUCUAUCCAGCAGGGUUCCCAGCACAGGGAAGAGACGAGAGGUUUGGGCUACAUUGUAAAGAGUUUAUUUCUAAGCUACGCAGUCAGAAAAGACAUCCUCUCUCUAUGAAAGCAGUGAGCAACUGAACAAAGGAACAAAGGAAACAGGAAACCACUAACGUCACAUCCCGUCUCCUUUCCCAUGAGACUGAAAGGUCUCUGGAAUGUAAACAGAGUCCUGUGACUCCAAGCAGCUGCUCAGUGAUAAGAACAGAAACUAACACUCUAUCGAUCUCUGCCUCUUUUGCUUUCCAGGGAUCUACCACUGCUAUAUGGAGUACCGUGAGCUCGACCAGAAAGGAGCCACCAUCAAGAACAUUGGCUUCACCACCGACGUAGGCGCCUACCGCAGCGUCAAGGAGACGUGGCUGGCCGCCAGUAAGUCUGGGCGGAGGGGAGCGGGCAGGAAAACGGGUGUUGGAAGAUGGUCUAAAAAACCCAAAGUUCCCAAAGCUUGGUUACGAGAGUGGCCCAGGUGCGAAUCUCCUUCUCUCGCCUCCAGUGAUCAUCCUCUGUGUGGUGGAAGGCAUCAUGCUCCUCACCCUCUUGUUCCUGCGCAAGCAGAUCCUGAUCGCCAUCGCUCUCAUCAAGGAAGCCAGCAGGUAAGGGAGUCUCUGUAAGGCCAGUGCGUGCGGAGCCUCAGUCCCGGGGGCCAAAUGCAGACCUCUAUCCGGCCCUUGGGACCCUCUUCCCAAGCCACACGCCCCUCUCCCUCGGCCACACCUCUCGCCAGCCCUGCCUCACACCUUCCUUGAGAGUUUUUGCCUGGCUGGAAUGUGUCCUUGAGCUCUGAUAGUGCCUCUUUUUUUGGACGGAGGAUAUGGAGAGAGAGGCGCACGAGAGGAACUAGUUUUCUGGGCACGGGGAAAAUAGGUGUUGCUGCUCCCCCCACUUCUGCCUCCACUGAGAGAGGGAAAGCAAGCAACUAACCCAGCCCCUUCCUCUUUUUUUAUAAAAAAAAUCAUUUUUUUUAUACAAACAACAACCGCGAAAGACACAUACAACAAAAACUAUAAUAACAGUAAUAACACAAUUUAACCAUUCAGAUUUGAAUACACUGACAUACCUAUGAAUACACCUUUUUUAACAAUAUUUUCCCACCUCUUUCCUCCCCCUGCUUCCUGCCACUAUCCGCCUUAUCGCUUAAAUAUUCGUUCCAGAUUUCUUCAUAUUUAUCCAUUCUUAUUUUGUGUCGACAUGUAAUUCGUUCGUAUGUAGUUAAUUGUCCAUAUUAUCAAUCCAUGUGCUCAAUGGAAUCUUUUUGCGGCUCCUCCAAUUCAUCAAAACAAGUUUUUUUGUUUCUAAUAUAGCAUGGUACAUCCAAUUUGUUUGACCCCUUGAAAUCUCCCACGUUUCCGGAAUAAAAUUUAGAAUUAAAUUCAAUUCCCCUAAACAACAAUUUCUUUUUAUUACUCAUGCUAUAAAUAUCCUCACCUCGCACCAAAGUGAUCUUAUCAUCGGGCAGUUAAUCAUCAUAUGUACUAAGUUUGCAUUUUUACUCCCACGUCUCCAGCAGUUGUCUGCAUUUGUUAUUUUCUUCUGGUAUAGUUUUGCUGGAGUCCAGUCCUUCCUCUUAAUUUCACUGUAGCCACAAAGUGGGUUUCCUCUUCUUUCCUCCCUGUGCUUCACUACCUCCACUGAACUGCCCUUUAACCUCGAGAAGUUUCCCCUGCCCAGACUGCCCCAGCCCAAUUCUCUAUACAUUCAUACCUUGGUUUUCAAACAGCUUAGUUCUCUCUCUCUCUUUUAAUAAUAUUUUAUUAAUUUUCCGAAAAUAACAAAAAUAAAAAACAACAAUACAAAAAAAACCAAAUUGACUUCCCUCCCAUCCCCUGAAUCUUGUGUCAGAAAAAUAAAUGAGGAGUGUUGCCUUCACCCCCCAAAAAGACUUAACCUAGGGCAGGGUUUCCCAAACUUGAGUCUCCAGCUGUCUGGGGACUUCAUUUCCCAUCAUCCCUUGUCCUACUAGCUAGGGUUGAUGGGAGUUGUAGUCUUCCUGAAGGAAGCUUAUGUUAGCUCUGCUUGUUUUUCCCUUUGCACGUCAUUCACGAAAAGCUCCUCGACAGCCAGGGUCUCUCUGGGGUUUAUUAAAAAUCUUUGAAGUGCACGGGAGAUAAUUGCAUAGUGCUAAAGUGCAUUGAAGGGACGCGGGUGGCAUUGUGGGUUAAACCACAGAGCCUAUGACUUGCCGAUCAGAAGGUUGGUGGCUUGAAUCCCCACGACAGGGUGAGCUCCCAUUGCUCGGUCCCUGCUCCUGCCAACCUAGCAGUUCGAAAGCAUGUCAAAGUGCAAGUAGAUAAAUAGGUACCACUCCGGCGGGAAGGUAAACGGCAUUUCCAUGCGCUGCUCUGGUUCGCCAGAAGCGGCUUAGUCUUGCUGGCCACAUGACCCGGAAGCUGUACGCCGGCUCCCUCGGCCAAUAAAGCGAGAUGAGCACUGCAACCCCAGAGUUGGUCACGACUGGACCUAAUGGUCAGGGGUCCCUUUACCUUUACCUUAAAAUGCAUUGAAGCCCAUUUAAUGUGGUCAUUUCUUGAACUGUCUGCCAAAGAGGCUUUAUCUAAUUCUACUGCAUGCUACUAUCUAAUUAAAGGCCCACAUUUGCUUGGGCUCCUAAAAAGAAAAUGGGGAACAGUAGAGGGGAAACAUUGCAAAAUCGUACAAGCAGAGAUGGUGCAAAGGCUAUAUUAUGGGUUCUAACUGGUUUGAAGUGUCUCUGGAGAACUGUACUACAGACGAGUUUGAUUGAAGCUGAAAAGCUUGGGUUUACAGGGGUCUCUCUUGUUCUCUCCUGCAGAGCCAUUGGGUACAUGAUGAGUUCUCUUUUCUACCCGUUGGUGACCUUCGUCUUGCUGGUGAUAUGUGUGGCCUACUGGGGUGUUACUGCUCUGUAUCCUUUAUUAAGUGAAGACUUGUUACUUCAUAUCUUGCAAGUGUCCCGGGGGAAACCUGGACAUCUUGUUUUGUUUUUAAUUGUGAGAGAACAACUUCCAUUUUGGUGGCUGUGAUCUUGCCCGAUUUUGCAAUGCGAUUUCACCCUGGGAAAAGCACUUUUUUGGGGGGCCCGCAAUCUUGCAUGGCACUCCUAAACGCACAUCUUUGGGGGCUGUGCCCUAAGAAGUGGGGUGUUGGUUGGUGGGGACAGCGACUGAGUAUGUUCUACAGCCAUGGAAAGUUGACUGGCUAUUGGGGCAAAGAUAAUGAAAUGGUGAGGCUUGAACCCUAAAUAGAAGCAGUGCCCUGCGACAUUUUGUUUUUAAUGGUUUUACCCUUGCGGUUCCUGUUGAAUUGCUACCAGGCUUAUGCCAUUAUUGGGAGGAAGGGAAGCUAGAAAUAAGCUGCCUACACACAAUGCCUUUUGAAUCACAUUCGAAGCACGUUUACUCCCCUCAAAGGAUUCUGGCCACUGUAGUUUGUUAAGGGCUGCUGGGAGCUGUAACUCUGUGAGGGGUAAACUACAGGGCCCAGAAUCCUUUGAGGGAAAGAACGUGCUUUGAGUGUGCUUAAAAGCUAUAGCGUGUACACAGCCAUAGGAUGAGUACAUGAAUGAAGAGAAUAACUUUGUAUUUCAAUACUUGGCUGGUGUUUGACAGGAAGUCAUAGCAGAUAUGUAAUACAGUGGUACCUCGGAGUUAAGUACUUAAUUCGUUCCAGAGGUCUGUUCUUAACCUGAAACUGUUCUUAACCUGAAGCACCACUUUAGCUAAUGGGGCCUCCCGCUGCAAUUUCUGUUCUCAUCCUGAAGCAAAGUUCUUAACCCGAGGUACAAUUUCUGGGUUAGCGGAGUCUGUAACCUGAAGCGUAUGUAACCCGAGGUACCACUGUACUACUUGGCGUUUGAUACCUAGUGUAUAAUGGCGGAACAUAGCAGUUCCUGGUGACAGCUUCAGAGAUUUUAUAUCCUAACACCUAGUAAAACCAAGGCAACAACAUCCUGAAACCCUCCUAUCCUCAGGUAAGAACGUCAGCUUCCAAUUUUGAAUCACAAAAUUCCUGGCAAGCUUUAGAAAUGUCCGUGAGUAUUCAAGUUCAGCUCUUCACUGCUUCCAUCUCUUCAGGUUUUUGUUCCCAGUAGGGAAAUUUCUGUGUUCUAUGUACCACAAGUGUUAAGUUGUGGGUGAACACAUCAGACAACACAGCGAUUUGUCAAACAGCUCUUGUUUAUUCACAGGCCCAGAGCAGAACUGAACUGAAUGGUUCAGGCAACCUGCUUAUAUAAAGCUCAACUACAAAGCAACAGUAACAACUUUCUGUAACUAUCCAAUCACUGAACGUCACUUUCAAUUCCUUAUUUGCAUAUGUGGACCUGAGUGAAGGAUAUCUAAAUAUCUAAAGUAUCCCCCUGCUGGCCCAGGGUGAGAACUUCAGUACAUAACACCAAGGUCUUAAACAUUUCCGCACUGAAGAUGGCAAAAAGUGAGGGUGCUGCUGGGGCUUCGGGAAGCCCCCAUUAUUCCUUUUUCUUUGUAUAUCUUCUUCCCUUGACUACUCCCCACCUUCAGAUAUCUCGCCACCUCUGGAGCGCCCCUCUAUCGCAUCGCUCCCAAAAAUGAUAGUUCCCCAGACUGCAUAGGGAUCUCUGGGAACGAGAGCUGCAGCCCAAUGGUGAGUCACAAACGUAGCUGAAGGAUCUUGGUUCCCAGAUCUACCUCUCUGACUAGAGGGGAUGGGGAUCAAUUUGAUUUGGUACACAUUUAAAGUCAUUUCUACUUUCUGAAACAAUAUGUGGAGCGAAACACAUCUAUCCUUGGAAAUUUGCACUUUUCUGAAUUUUGUCAACCAACCAAUGCUUACAAAAAUACAUAUUUUAGGGGAAGGUUUCAUAAAAAUGAAGUUACCGUAUUGUCCCGAAUAUAAGCCUCACUUUUUUUCCAAAUUCUGACCAUGAAAAAUUAAAGUGCAGCUUAUAUUCGUGACCUUACAAAAACUGACAUUUACGAUAUUGUUGCUGAAACAGACAUACGGUAAAUUGGAACAAGAAAAUGUUUUAUUGCCGAUUUGCGAGCUUGAGUGCCUGCGGAAUUGUAGCAACUGAAUAGCAAUUUGUGAUUUUGGCGAUUGUACGGUCAUUUUUGCAAGAUGAAAGGCUUAAAUUGGCUCGGAGUUACAAUUCUACCAACCGCAGUGGUUUUCAGCCUGUAACCCAAUUUUAAGGGAGCAACUUAUAUUUGGGUGUUGUCUUUUUUCUCUCCCCCCCCCAUGAAUUUUAAAGGUGUGGCUUAUUUGCAGGUGCAGCUUAUAUUUGGGCCAAAAUAGUAUUAUGGAAAGUAAUAUGCAAAAAAGUGCAUUAGGUUAGGGGAAAUUGCUUGCAAAAUUACAUUAUUCAAAACUGAAUACAAAAAUGGGCUUAUUAGGAGAAAUUUGCAUUAAAAUGCAGACGAACUUUCAUGAGUGUUUUUAAAGAAAAAAAUUUAAACCCAUGAACUACAGAAUGUGGCGAACUGAAUGCAAGAUUGGAAAACUGAGAUACUGAGAGGAUCAAAAUUAGCAGAUAUAUCCAUCCCGGCCCCUGACUAGCCCUCCAGUUCUGGGCUGCUUUGGUGUCUCAUCCCCACUUAGGGUUUUAAUGGGGACAAUUGUGGCCAUUUUGGCUUCAUAGGCAACGGAAAAUGGAACCCAGAACCCAAAUGACAUGGUACAAAAAUAUCUUCUUCUAAGUUCUUUGUCUUGCUUGGAGGGGACAAACCACACUGGUGCUGGAUACUUAAGAGAUCCUCACAUAAGAUCUUUUGGGAACUCGGACAGCCCUGCAAGAUCUUGCGUGAGCAUCCCAGAAUCGAACCCCUGAGAGGGCUUUAAAGCUCUUUUUGUGCCAGAUCCGCUGGAUUGUGCUCUACUUUGCUGCGAGGUGGGGAAGGGGGUAAGGCCCUCUCAACAUGGUAGCUCUGGAAGCCUGUGAGAUUUCAGGAGAGCAUCCCGGAGCCCUCAUAAACAUGUGCAGUUUCAGCUGGCUAGCCUUCAGCUGCAUAAAGUUGAAAUCGUGCAACAUAUACACAUGCGGAUUGUACUGUGCACACUGAUAUCUCAAGUUCGUCCAAAAGCCCGAGUAAAUAAAUCAAAUCGUGCUCCACAGCACUGUAUUUAAAAGUGUAUCUUCAAUGCUGGGGGUGGCAGUUCUGUACUUCCUAUUAAUUUUGUGGUGGUAUCUUAUUCGUACAAUAGACUGUGAGGUAAGUUCAGUAGAGUAUAGUGAAAUAAGUUAGGGGGAGAGAGACGAAGAGAGGUAAGGAAGUGUGAGGUAAGUUAUUAAAGCGAGGUGAGUCAGAAAAGGACUGGCUGGAAGUUCUCCUCAGAGAUCUCAGCCCAGGUCUCCCUGCUCCAAGUCCAUCUCCUGUACGACCCUGGAUUUUAUAUUUCUGCCAGGGUUCAAAAUGGAUCCUGUUUGGCAGCGGCGUAGCGUGGGUUGUCAGCACCCGGGGCAAGGCAAGUAAUUUGCGCCCCCUAACCCCUAACCUGCCGCCGCUGCCAGCUUCUUCUUGCUGCUGCCUGGGCUGGUCUGGUGUGGUUCUCUCCCGCGCUCAGCGCUGCGCUGGGCGGCCGCUGCACUGUCCCUCCCCAGAUAGUCCCUCGCUCUCUCUCCGCACCGCACGCCUGGCACCCACCCCCUCCACAGUGGGCGGCGACCCAGCGGCUCGGAUCGGAUUCGCACAGCCAGCACUGCAGUGAGAGAGUGUGAGUGAGCCAGGUAGGGGCAGAGAGCUGCGAGUGCGAGCGCGCCCCCCCAGAUGUUGCGCCCAGUGCGGCCGGCCCCCCCUGCACCCCCCACGCUACGCCACUGCUGUUUGGCUGUGGAGCAACUUGUGGGGCUCUGCUUGGCUCUCCUUUUCGCAACCAGCCAUUUCCAUGCCCUGGUAUUAAGAGCACCGUUCCCUGCUUUCUUCCUCCAGACAUUCAACGCCUCCACCUACUGGCCCUGCCUGGUGGAUUGCAUCUUCUUCAAAUACAACGACCAAGGGCUCUUCCAGCGCAACCUCUUCAACCUGCAGAUCUACAACUUUGUGGGCCUCCUCUGGUGCAUUAACUUCGUCAUUGCCCUGGGGCAGUGUGUGCUGGCGGGGGCCUUUGCCUCUUACUACUGGGCCUUCAAGAAGCCCCAGGAUAUCCCGGCCUGUGCUGUGUGCAACGCCUUCGUCCGGACGUUACGGUGCGCAUCUUGUGUGGGAAUUCCCAUGCGUCUGGCGGCGGGCAGGGAAGCAGAGGAUCUGCUCCUCGCCCUGCCGCUGGCCUGCAUUGUGCCAGCGUCUCCUUUGGGAAUUGGAACAUAGGAAGCUGCCUUCAACAGAGUCAAAGCGUUGAGUCCAUCUAGCUCAGUGUUGUCUGGAUGACGGCUAACAGAUUGAGAUUGAAUCCUGACAAGACAGAAGUACAGUGGUGCCUCGCAAGACGAAAUUAAUCCGUUCCACGAGUCUCUUCGUCUUGCGGUUUUUUCGUCUUGCGAAGCACGGCUAUUAGCGGCUUAGCGGCUUAGCGGCUAUUAACGGCUUAGCGGCUUUAAGAAAAAGGAAACAAACUCGCAAGAACUCGCAAGACGUUUCGUCUUGCGAAGCAAGCCCAUAGGGAAAUUCGUCUUGCGGAACAACUCAAAAAACGGAAAACUCUUUCGUCUAGCGAGUUUUUCGUCUUGCGAGGCAUUCGUCUUGCGGGGCAUCACUGUACUGUUUUUGGGAGACAGGAGGCGGACAGUUGUGGAGGAUUCCCUGGUCCUGAAUGGGGUAACUGUGCCCCUGAAGGACCAGGUGCGCCGCCUGGGAGUCAUUUUGGACUCACAGCUGUCAAUGGAGGCACAGGUCAAAUCCGUGUCCAGGGCAGCUGUUUACCAGCUCCACCUGGUACGCAGACUAUCUGCCUGCGGACUGCCUCGCCAGAGUGGUGCAUGCUCUGGAUAUCUCCCGCUUGGACUACUGCAAUGCGCUCUAUGUGGGGCUACCUUUGAAGGUGACCCGGAAACUGCAAUUAAUCCAGAAUCCGGCAGCCAGACUGGUGACUGGGAGCGGCCGCUGAGACCAUAUAACACCGGUCUUGAAAGACCUACAUUGGCUCCCAAUACGUUUCCGAGCACAAUUCAAAGUGUGGGUGCUGACCUUUAAAGCCCUAAACGGCCUCGGACCAGUAUACCUGAAGGAGCGUCUCCACCCCCAUCGUUCUACCCGGACACUGAGGUCCGGCGCCGAGGGCCUUCUGGUGGUUCCCUCACUGCGAGAAGCCAAAUUACAGGGAACCAGGCAGAGGGCCUUCUCGGUGGUGGUGUCCGCCCUGUGGAACGCCCUCAAACCAGAUGUCAAAGAGAACAAGAACUAUCAGACUUUUAGAAGACAUCUGAAGGCAGCCCUGUUUAGGGAAGCUUUUAAUGUUUGAUGUAUUAAAGUAUUUUAAUAUUUUUUGGGAAGCCGCCCAGAGUGGCUGGGGAAUAAAUAAUAAAAUUAUUAUUAUUAUUACACCAAGUGGCAGCAGCUCUCCAGGGUUUCUGGGAAGAAGUCUCUCCCGGCCCUACUGGGAGAUGCUGGGGAUUGAACCUGAGACCUUCUGCCUACGAAGCAGAAGCUCUACCAUUGAGCUAUGGACUUCUACUAUUGGUAGGCUCACACAUGGCUUUAGUGUUGCCUGCCAACUGGAGGGCGAAGGAACCACCCGACCAUCGCUCAUUUACAUAGGCGUUGCUGUCAGAAACUGUAUUUGUUUAUUUCUUUGUUAUUACUAUUAUUAAUUAAAUUUGUAUAUGGCCCUAUACCUGCAGGUCUCAGGGCAGUUCACAGGAAUAAUAAUAAUAAUAAUAAUAUUUUUUUGAAAUAAUUUUUAUUAGUUUUACAAAUACAAAGUUAUAAACGGAGAAUCAAAAAGUAUACCCAUACACAGAGAUUCCUCCAAAUCCCAGGACUUCCACCCAUCCCCUCCAUGAAGUCCCAUUAUAAACAUUUAAUACUGAAUAUUCUUUCAUACUCCAAUUUUUAUAUCAAACCUUAUUAUCCAUGGUAAUCGUUAAACUACAAAAUCCUGCUAAUUGUUUCCAUCUGCUUACAGUGGUCUCCUAAAUAACUUCUAAAUUUUCCCCGUUCUUUUAUAAAGCUUUUAUCCUCUUGGUUUCUGAGUUUUCCAGGCAAUUUUGCCAUCUCGGCCCAUCUGACUGCAAUGCCCUAGCUGCUCUGGGUGGCUUCCCCAAUAUCUCAAGGAAUGGCUGGGAGAUACCUUGUCUGGCAUUCUCAGGAUCUGCUGCUACACAGUGCAGACACUUGACCUCUCACCCUUCAAACUGGGGUGGAGAACCUCUCAGGCCCUCCAGGCCUCUCUGCCUGGGCUAUGGGACUUGCUCCAAGCCAUAGUUGAGGCUGGCCUCAACCAGAGCCAAGGCUUUUUCGGCCGUGGCUCCAGUCUGGUGGAACGCUCUGUCACAAGAGACUAGGGCCCUGCGGGACUUGACAUCUUUCCGCAGGGCCUGCAAAACAGAGCUGUUCCACCAGGCCUUUGGCCAGGGCACAGCCUGACUCCCUCCUUUGGCAAUCCUCACAGAACUCUAGCCCAAUGGUUGCCAUCAAUUUGAGUUGAAUUAAUUUUAUAAUGAAAUGAUUUUAGAAUGUUGUACUAUUUUAUUGGUGUUAGCCGCCCUGAGCCCGGCUUCGGCUGGGGAGGGCGGGAUAUAAAUAAAAUUAUUAUUAUUAUUAUUAUUAUUAUUAUUAUUAUGCCCUAACUGGCCCUGCUGCUCCACAGCUUCCUUGAGUGCUUUUUCCUGGUUUGGAAUGUGUCCUUGAACUCUAUAUAAAGCUUGCCUGCAUAGAGAGGAUUGAGUGAGUGUUGAAACUAGCCUACCAGGCAAAGGGAACAUUUAUAUUCAUUGCUCCGCCCUCUUUUCCCUCUGGCCCUGCCCACUGCUGGAAUGUGGCCCCUGGAGGAGAAUGCGACCCUGUAGACUAGCUGAAAAUAUUUGCCCACCCCUCCUCUAUUUAGAGUAGCUGGCGUUGUUUGUUUUGGGAGAUGCAGUACAGUGGUACCUUGGUUCUCAAACUUAAUCCGUUCCAAAACCAAAGCGUUCCAAAACCAAGGCAUGCUUUCCCAUAGAAAGUAAUGCAAAACGGAUUAAUCCGUUCCAGACUUUUAAAAACAACCCCUAAAACAGCCAUUUAACAUGAAUUUUACUAUCUAAGGAGACCAUCGAUCCAUAAAAUGAAAGCAAUAAACAAUGUACUGCAGUCACACAAUCAAUCAAUCAAUCAGUAGCUGAACUGGGUUCCACACAGCCACCAAAACAAAACAAAAAGAGCUGCAAAAACAAAAAUGCAAAAUAAAUAGCAAAAGCAGACAAAUCUCAUUGUAACACUCAAAAUGGAAGCGUGGCACUCAAAACGGAGCACAUUCGGCUUCUGAAAUAAGUUCGCAAGCCAGAGUACUUACUUCUGGGUUUGCAGUGUUUGGGUUCCAAGUUGUUUGAGUACCAAGGCGUUUGAGAACCAAGGUACCACUGUACAUGAAAACGUAAACCUUGGAUAAGAGCAGCAGCCUCAGCCUUAAUUAGGAAUGGUGUCAAAGUCGGGGGUUCCUUGUCUUGAUCCAGAAUGUUUCGAAAGGCAGCUCCACCUUACAGGACCUCUCCUCUCUCUCCGCAGAUACCAUAUAGGAUCUCUUGCUUUUGGUUCCCUCAUCCUCACUAUCGUCCAACUGAUCCGCAUCGUGCUGGAAUAUAUGGACCACAAGUUAAAAGGCAAGUGAUGAGUAAACCAGGCAAGAAGGGCAGGGCAGGAAUAAAUACCAGUAAUGGUCAGAAUAACCAGAGUCGGGUUGCCCAUUUUCUCUGGAAGUAGACUAGCACUAAAGUCUUUCACAAUCUGGUCUGUUAUGUUGCUGGCCCUAGCAUUAGGCAGAGUGUGGCAGCUUCAUAGAAUUCUUGAAUUGUAGAGUUGAAAGGGACCCCAACGGUCAUCUAGUCCAACCCCCCUGCAAUGCAGGAAUCUUUGAAGAUUUUCAGACUCUUCACGUAAUUCAAAUUACAGUCACUGCUUUGUUAAGUAGUGGGGUAGGAGAGCGGGGGUGGGGGAACCACUUCCGGCAACCAAUGUGCCCCUUUGGGUUUCAGAUAGUACGAGAAUAGACGGAUAUAAAAAGCCUGGGACACAUUUUCACGGCCCUCUAGUGGCUAGGACGGCUCAUUUGCCAGAAGUCAUGUAUCUAGCAUUAACUCUGGAAUUGUAUACAAUGGUACCUCGGGUUAAGAACUUAAUUUGUUCUGGAGGUCUGUUCUUAACCUGAAACUGUUCUUAACCUGAGGUACCACUUUAGCCAAUGGGGCCUCCUGCUGGCACUGCACAAUUUCUGUUCUCAUCCUGAGGUAAAGUUCUUACCCCAAGGUACUAUUUCUGGGUUAGCGGAGUCUGUAACCUGAAGCGCCUGUAACCUGAAGCGUCUGUAACCCGAGGUACCACUGUACUCGAUUUUGACCCAGCGAAACCUCCUAGAACAAAAUGUACAUCAGUAUGACCCCCCACAAAAAAAAACCAUGACCACAAAAUAAUAAUAAAUAAUUAAAAACGAAACAUUCAUUCCCCCCCUUUAUGAGGCAUCCUAAAGGUGUAACUGUAAUUUUAAUACAGAAGUACAAGAAUGGAAAAAAAGAGCAAAUUUCAAAUACAGUAAUAUUCAACUUAGGAGGUUUAGUUAGGUUGAGAGUACAGUGGUACCUCGGGUUACAGACGCUUCAGGUUACAGACUCGGCUAACCCAGAAAUAGUACCUCGGGUUAAGAACUUUGCUUCAGGAUGAGAACAGAAAUCGCAUGGUGGCAGCGGGAGGCCCCAUUAGCUAAAGUGGUACCUCAGGUUAAGAACAUUUUCAGGUUAAGGACCUCUGGAACGAAUUAAGUUCUUAACCCGAGGUACCACUGUAUGCACUUCCAGAGUUAAUGCUAAAUUCGUGACUUCUGGCAAAUGAGACACCGUAGAUGCUAGAGGGCCGUGAAAAUUUGAGUCCCGGGCUCUUUAGACUCUCCUACCUAUGUACUGGACGUGGGUGGCACUGUGGGUUAAACCAUAAAGCCUAGGACUUGUCGAUCAGAAGGUCGACGGUUCGAAACCCCGUGACAGGGUGAGCUCCUGUUGCUCGGUCCCUGCUCCUGCCAACCUAGCAGUUCGAAAGCACGUCAAAGUGCAAGUAGAUAAAUAGGUACCACUCUGGUGGGAAGGUAAAUGGCGUUUCCGUGCGCUGCUCUGGUUCGCCAGAAGCGGCUUAGUCAUGCUGGCCACAUGACCCGGAAGCUGUCUGCAGACAAACGCCGGCUUCCUCGGCCAUUAAAGCAAGAUGAGCUCCGCAACCCCAGAGUCGGUCACGAAAUGGACCUAAUGGUCAGGGGUCCCUUUACCUUUUACCUACCUAUGUACUAUCUGAAACCAAAGGGGCACAAUGGUUCCCAGAUGUGGAAUACAUCGACGUUAUUUUCAGCUCUCCUACCCCACUAAACUGGGAAGAGCCAAGGGGAGCGUGUCCUUUUCAAGCCCCGGCUACCUAAUUCUCCUGUGGCGUUUGUAGGUUCCGGUAACAAGCUUGCCAAGUGCCUCCUUUGCUGCAUGAAGUGUUGCUUUUGGUGUCUGGAGAAGUUCAUCAAGUUCCUCAACAGAAACGCCUACAUCAUGGUAAGCCUUGCAGAUGGGCCACCUAGGAGAUCAGGGGUCUUAAUGGUGGCGGUUGGGAGGGAAACAGAUGGGGACGCCUGCGGGGGAAUAGGAGGCGAGGGAAGUGAAUGUGUAUCCUGGAGGAGGCUUGAGAGCCACUGUGAUGCGUCUGGGGGUGGGAAACUGGGGCUCAAAGCCCUGCUACACCUGCUCCCACAGCACUCAGGUCCUGCUUGUGGCCAGCUGACCACUGUGAGAACAGGAUUCUGGGUAAGAUAGGCCUUUGGCCUCACCUAGCAGAGAUCAUCUUCUGUGUUUGCAGGACCCCUGCACAAACAUGGCAAACAGUGCCCCCCUCAAAACUACGGCUUGCAUAGGAGCCAAUUCAUCAGGGCCGAGGGUUCUUCGGUCCCCCCAAUAAAUCCCCCCCAAUUUUUUUAUUAGUUUUCCAAAAAAAAUUAAGCAAGCAAGCAAACAAACAAACAAACAAACAAACAUCUUAACUAUACUUGACCCAAUCUUAGUAACAUUGUUAAGUGACUUCCUCCAAUCCCCCUGGCUGAAUUUCAGUGUAUAUCAUUAUAACAGUUUUCCAAUACCAAUUUUCUCAUAAAAUUAACUUAAUCACUUAACAUCCUUCUUUGUUUUCAUUUUGACUUUAAACAUAUUAUUCUCUAACAUCACAUAUUUAAACCUAUCUGGUAUUUGCAAGUUUUUCCAAUUAAGUUAUCUUAACAUAUUUAACUAAAUAGUCUUUAAAUUUCAUCCAUUCCUCCUGGUACUCCAUCCAUUCCUCCUGGUACUCCUCCUCUAUCAGUCAGGUCGGCUAGCUCCAAUAAAAUAUUUGAGGGGGACAGGGCCCCCAAAGUUGAUGGGCAUUGCCAGUGAUGGUUUUUAUGCUACAUUUUACUUUGCCUUGAUAGAGUCUUUAAGCCUCUUUUGUUGACCACCAGCAUUACGCUUUCCAUUUUUAAGUUCAGAAUAGAGUAGUUGCUUUAGAAGACAAUAAUCAGGCAUCCGCACAACAAUGGCGGCACUGUGGUUAAAACAAACCAGGUCACCUUGGAAACCAUGGUUUGGAAAGUGCGGUUGGGUUUUCAAAGCCUCUAUGGUUAACACUGAUUAUUUAUUUCCAAACCACUUCUCAGGCAAGAUCAGCUCCCAAAGCGACUUACAAUUAAUACCCACUGAAACAUACAGUACAUCGGACUAUGUGAAAUAUUGCAGAGAAAAGUAUGAAGAGAAUUAUUAGUGAAGGAUUAUUAAAAGUAAUAGUGAAAUUAAUGAAAUGCAGAUUAAGUGAUAAAGAUUGAAAAAUCUUCAGGUGUGGUUGAUGGAAGUCCAAAACACUGAAUAAGAUAAGAAAAUAUGUUGUAUGUUGUUUGGAAAUUUUACGUAAAAAUUAAUAAAAAAUAUAUAUUUUUAAAAAAGAAACAUACAGUACACCAGGGUACACCUCCUUCUUUGGAGGUCUUUAAGCAGAGGCUUGACAACCAUAUGUCAGGAGUGCUCUGAUGGUGUUUCCUGCUUGGCAGGGGGUUGGACUCGAUGGCCCUUGUGGUCUCUUCCAACUCUAUGAUUCUAUGAUUCUAUGAGAUGUUGCGGUGUUUAUGAGAGUUUCUGCUUCCUGAACAGUGGUGUUACAACCCCCAGGCUCUUUCCUCUAGCAAAAUAAUAACUGGUUGGGAAUCAGUGGCGGAGUGUGGAUUGUGGAACCCCAUAAAAUUCUAGGCAGGGGUGUGUGGUUCUAUAUGGCCAUCUUAAUCCCAAUAAAAACUUGGGGGCGGGGGGUGUGGUGUUGUUGAGGGAGGGGAAGGGCAUAGUCCUCCAUCCUUGUAAAAGACUGAGCUUAUUUCCAUUGUCUCUUUCAAACCCUUCCCCUCCUCAGAUUGCCAUUUAUGGAAAGAAUUUCUGUGUGUCGGCCAAAAAUGCCUUCAUGCUACUGAUGCGCAAUGCCGCCAGGUAAUGGGGCGAGAGGGUGGGAUCAGCAGGGGGCCGAGGAGAGGCAGGGAUGAAGAUGGACAUUCCUGGUUCGAACCUCCCCUUUCUACCCCUGCAGAGUUGUAGUCCUGGAUAAAGUCACGGACCUGCUGCUGUUUUUUGGGAAGCUCUUGGUAGUUGGCGGAGUUGGCAUUCUGUCGUUCUUCUUCUUCACUGGGCGAAUUCCCAUCGAUAAACCCGAGUUCAAAUCUCCCGUCCUCAACUACUAUUGGCUGCCCAUCCUGGUAUGUGUAACUGUGCCUAUUUCUUGGGCUGUCGCCUUUUCUCUCCCAAUCUCUCUCUCUUUUUCCCGGCCCAUUUUAAGGCAAUUCUGCACCAUUCCAAUCCAAUAUGGCGGGUAAGAUGCACAGAUUUGUGUUAGUUUAUCUAAAACGUAGUACAGACCCCCUCCAAAAAAACACACACCAAAGUUGCUGACAGAAAACUGCAAGGAAUUUCUGGGGGUGACGAAUCUUGGUUGUCUCAAGGAGGAUCCUUAGCUCAGGAAAUGCUUUGUAUAUGCUUUGUUGGACAAAUGGCCUGAGGAGAGGCUAACCUGUGGCCUUCUGGAGGUUGCUGACAUCCAGCAUGGCCAGUGGCCAAAGGUAAUGGGAGCUGUAGCUCAGCCAAUUCUGAAGGGCUACAAGUUAGUCAACUUAGUAGCUUCUUGUGUCGCUUCACAAAAUAACAGCAGAAACCAUUAAAGAAAGAAUAUGAGUUGUCCCCUACAAACUGGGAGCUUUAAAAAUAUUGUGGGUGAGAAUAUUGUGAACUAGCCUUUGGCAACCCAGCGUCCUCAAGCAGAUUUAGACUACAACUCCCAUCGUCCACAUUCACCGUGGCCAUCUUGGAUGAGGCUGAUGGGAGUUGUGAUCCAAAAGUUCUGAUUCCAAUGCCGGAAGUCUUGCCCCUCUCACUUCAUGCCAUGUUUCUUCCCCUUCUCUCACUCUCUGAUUCAGACUGUUGUGGUAGGCGCCUACUUCAUAGCCCAAGGUUUCUUCAGCGUCUACAAUAUGUGUGUCGACACGUUGUUCCUCUGUUUCUGUGAGUAAUUCUUUUUGCCCUAAUUAUACUCUACUACACACCUGGGGCUCUGCAGGGAGAAAUGUAAAGUAUUGCACUUGGGCAAAAAAAAAUGAGAGGCACAAAUACAAGAUGGGCGACACCUGGCUUGAGAGCAGUACAUGUGAAAAGGAUCUAGGAGUCUUGGUUGACCACAAACUUGACAUGAGCCAACAGUGUGACGCGGCAGCUAAAAAAGCCAAUGCAAUUCUGGGCUGCAUCAAUAGGAGUAUAGCAUCUAGAUCAAGGGAAGUAAUAGUGCCACUGUAUUCUGCUCUGGUCAGACCUCACCUGGAGUACUGUGUCCAGUUCUGGGCACCACAGUUCAAGAAGGACACUGACAAACUGGAACGUGUCCAGAGGAGGGCAACCAAAAUGGUCAAAGGCCUGGAAACGAUGCCUUAUGAGGAACGGCUAAGAGAGCUGGGCAUGUUUAGCCUGGAGAAGAGGAGGUUAAGGGGUGAUAUGAUAGCCAUGUUCAAAUAUAUAAAAGGAUGUCACAUAGAGGAGGGAGAAAGGUUGUUUUCUGCUGCUCCAGAGAAGCGGACACGGAGCAAUGGAUCCAAACUACAAGAAAGAAGAUUCCACCUAAACAUUAGGAAGAACUUCCUGACAGUAAGAGCUGUUCGACAGUGGAAUUUGCUGCCAAGGAGUGUGGUGGAGUCUCCUUCUUUGGAGGUCUUUAAGCAGAGGCUUGAGAACCAUAUGUCAGGAGUGCUCUGAUGAUGUUUCCUGCUUGGCAGGGGGUUGGACUCGAUGGCCCUUGUGGUCUCUUCCAACUCUAUGAUUCUAGGUGUCGCUGGACUCCUGCUCCCAUAAGCCCCAGCCGGCUUGAUCCAUGGCCAGGUAUAAUGGGAGUUGUAGUUCAGCAAUGCCUGGACGGGCUCCCCUCUCCGCAGAUUAAUCAUUCAUUUGCUAAUCUGAUGAGACCUGAGGCAAUACUUUCCUUUUCCCCCGCAGUGGAAGACCUGGAGCGGAAUGACGGCUCCCAGAGCAAGCCGUAUUACAUGUCCAAGUCUCUCAUGAAUAUCCUCAACAAGAAGAACAAGAAUGGCAAGGCCAAGUAGAAGAAAAUUUGGUGUUACUGGUCCACAUCAUCUCUUGCUACAGUAUAUCGCUUCCUGGCUUUUAGGCCCCAGGCCUGUCUCAAGAGCACUUUAACAUAUCCCUUCCCUUGCUUUCCUUUCCAGUGCAUUUUGAACACAUUUCAGCCUUUUGGGCCUUGCCACUCUUGCCUCACGUUGUCUUGCUCCAUGUCGGCCAUAUUGAUUUCUUAAACGGUGCCAUAUUGAGAAGACAUUCUCCUCCUCCGCCUCCUCCUUUACUGGCCAUCUUAUUUUAGAGCCCACCUUUCAAAUGAAGGCAGCCAUUUUAACAUGUUGCCCUUCCCUCUGGUCCACCCAUUUGGGGUUGUAUCCAGUCAAGAUGUCCUGUUCAUCCCAAGGGGCGCUGACUUGCCCCACACAUCACACGAUGCCACGUGAUGUGUUCUGCCCAGCGUGCAAGCGCUCGUGUGCCAGGCUGGGCAGGCGUCCCGUUCCCACUGCUGCAUUGCCAGUGCUUCCCCACACGUUGAUUCUGUGCCAGUGCCAACUUUUCCCUCCACGCUGGUGUUUUGCUGCCCAUCUUGCCUUCCAACCCUGCAGACAUCUUCAUGAGAAGCCAUCCCACUUCCUUUUGGCUUGGGCCUCGUCACGUCCAACCCAGCGAAAAGGACGUUUGGCCGAUAUUUGCGAUGUUCCCCCGUCAGAUAUCUUGUGGAUUUUAUAGGCCACAGCAAAACAAGUGUCCUUUCCUUUAGGGUUCAGCUGCUGUUCUUUCGCGGGCUAUGCAACUUCUCAGUAAACAGUAAACAGCAUUUUCCAGGUCUGUGUGCCGUUCUCUGGGUUAAAUUGGGUGAUCAGGAAGCACCCGGGAGAGCCUCUUCUAAAAACCUAUCACACAGAGAGGCAGUCAGCUUUAGCUGCCUACGGUGUGGUAAGCUCAGUGUUAGCCUGUUCCCCCGGCUUUUGCAGUGAGGAGAAGUAGACAGUGAGGUGGCUGGAAGCUACGAUUGAUCUCCUCCCCAGCUGGUUACAACUACUCCAUGGCAAACUUUUCAAACAGCUUAUAUAACUCCCAUCUGCAUAGCUGUCAACCGUCCCUUAUUUGGCGGGAAACUCCCUUAUCCCAGCGCCGUGUCCCGCUGCUGUCCCUUAUUGAUGAUGUCCCUUAAAUUUCCGGGGUUUCAUGCUCGCCCGGCUCGGGAGGGAAGCAGCAGCUCGGGGUCCUCCGCUGCGAGAGAGAGGGCGCACUGGCGCCGUCGUCCUGGUGCGAGGAGUUCCAUCGGCCCUUCCCCGCCUGAGGGGGGGGAGGGAGAGAGACUCUCGCCCACACCGCCCACAAGCCCGGAGGCGGUAGCGGUGGCAGCGGCUGAGGAGGCGGCCUGAGGGAAGAGGAAGAGGAGGGGAUGGGGAGGGAUGCAGAAGGGCGCCGCCGCAACUGCCUCAUGCUGGAUUGACAGCACCUGUCAAUCCUACCAAUGUAUGUAACUUUUUAGAAUAGCAAAAUCCCUUAUUUUGGCUGCUGAUCCCUUAUUUUCGAGGCUGCUGGUCCCUUAUUUUCAAAUCCUGGUUUUUCAGGCCCAACUGUGCCAAUUCCUGAUUAUGUCGUUCUCUUUCAGAAUAUCUUGACUUUUUUCUUUUUUGUUUUGGCAUUGGCCGCACGUCCAACAAAGAGUGGUGCUUUCAAAUCCAGUGAAACAAAUGGGCUGAAUCACACUUAGCUCUGCCUUGCACAGUAAUCAUUUUAUUGCCUAAGUGCCUUCAUUGACAAAUUGCGUUAUCCUUUUCCCACUUAAUUUCCCAGUGACUUUGUGCCAAUUCAUUGACUCCUAAACUAUUUUGGCUCGGAUCCACUUCCUGUCAGCCAUUCUGUUUGGUUGGGGUUUUUUUAUUCAAAAUGCUAAAAAUGUACUGUAUAUAGACUUUUUUUCUUUCUGUACAAAAAUAAUCUAUUUUAUAGAAAGGAUACAAAUUUAUUAAAUCUGAUUUUAAGU